AGGAGACCCCGGCCAAGGGCUCCGCGCUCUGCUACUAACUGCCGCCACUGACACCUUACUUCCUGGUUUGCAAACUCAGGACCAGACCCAUCUCGGCGGAGUGAUUCGAUUUUCUCUCCUAGCCUCCUCCCCUUUUUGCUUCUGCUUUCUCUCUCCCCCCCCCUUCUUUUGCACGAAAAUAAUUUGACAGCGUUUUGCUGACACGGGGAUUUUGCACCAGAGAUUAAGAGAGAGGGGGGGCACAGCCCCCACCCUAAAGUGGCAUGCAAGGAAUUUCAUGCACAAGGUAAGUCCAGCUCCCUUGAGCUUCUCCUCCUGGCGUGGGCUUGGGAAAGAGCGAAGAUUAGUUAUUUCCACCUCUCUCUCUCUUCGUCUCCCCCCUGUACAGUCGCGGAGGGGAGGAGGGUGCAUUGCACAGGGGGUGGGUGGGGGGGAGAAGAGGGGGCGGAGGCGGCGGGGUUGCGUGUAGAUAUGCAAGUAUAUAUUUCCUGGCGGAGCGAUAUUUGUUUACAGCAAGAGCUUGUACUGUAAGCAAAGUAGGACCCGAGUAAAUACCGGUAGCAGCUCAGUAAUAAAUUAAAAUUGCAAUUGCCCCGUCGCUGCACAGUAUAGAUCCAUUAUAUGUAUUAAAAACUGCGCCCACACGGACCCUGCAUGCACUUGUUGCAGACUUGCACCAGGUAGGCAAAACGCUUAACAACUUCCAUUCUUGCACGGAGCUUGCAAACUCAACUUUUUCUUUUUUUUUUUAAGUUUGUAAGUUCACUCACUUUCGGUAUGUAGGACUGAGUGGGCGAGGCCCUCCCUGCCUCCUGCUCCUUCCUGCAAGAUAUCCCAGCAGGAGAAGAGAGGAAAAAAGGAGAUCAUUAAGCCUGGCUAUUAUUAUGAUUAUUAUUUUAUUAUUAUAAAUAAAUGUCCCCCUGGCUGCGUGCUUCCUUAAGUAAGGUGCAAGGCCGUGAGUGUUUUUUUAAAUCGGAUCGAGGCGAGUCCUCGCACUGCGGGGGGUGGGGCGGGAAGAGGGCAGCGUGAUCUUUUAAAUCGAGUGCGUGUACAGGGAGCUGCCCGCGGUGUGGCAAGAGAACCAUAUGCGAGGAUCUGGCAACGGCGGAUCGCACACGCUGCCUUACCUACCUGCUCCCAGUCGGUGGGAAAUUAGAAAGCGAGAGAUUUGCAUCUUGGCCACUCCCUAAGCCCGUACACCCAUGCUUUCUUUCCCCGUAGCGUUCGCUUAGCAUUCAUCAAAAGGAAAGAGGCACUUAAAGUAAGAUGGAUGCAAUUUUUUUUUUUUAACAGAGAUGAGUCAGUGCCUGAAAAAACCCAUAAAUGAAUACGGUUGUGUGUUGCGGUUGUGUUUCAUAUAAAAAUAUAGCAACCGGAGAAGGGGAAUAUGCAAGGCCGGUACUGAGACUAUAUAUAUUUUCCUUGUUUCCAGAGUCUGACUCCGAGAGCGUUGCAUGAACAGAAUCCAUAUCUGCUUGUGUAAUUUGAGUUAAUGCAGGAUUCACAUGCUUCACCCAAGAGGUUAAAAUGAGCUCUGCAACUUUUCAUUGAUUAGUCAGUUUAAAAAAUACCCUUUGACCACCCACAAAAGUUGUCCGGGUUAACCUGGUAGCAGUUUAUUUUAAAUAGAAUGUUUAAUUAUUUUUUAAAACAAAUAUGUAUGAAAUUGUAGGCAACUGGGCUCCAUGUUAGAAGAGCCAUUUCUUGCAUAUUCAUCCCUGAAUUGUGCCUAUGAGCAUUAAGCUUAAAAGCAAAAUAUGCCUGUUUUUCUUUUGUUUUAAUUCAUAAGCAGUUUUUUUUGAUUAGUCAAUUAAUCGUCUAAGGUGUCUUUAAUCAUAUGUCAACCCUGUUUUAAAAUACUCCAGAGUCAGUUUGUAGGUUUCCAGAUGCAUAGUGUGAAUGUGGUUCUUGGCUAUGAGAUUAAAGUAUAUUAAUGUGGGGAAAACCAUAUGCCUAAUUGGUUUGGAAUCUCUUGCCAGCUGUCCAGUAGUUUUUAAUGUGAUAUAAUCUGCAGUGUUUACUGAAAAGCUGGUGGAGCAUUGUGGUCAACAGCAAACCUGCAUCCCUGCUCAGAAGUUAGUCCCACUGUGAUCAAUAGGACUUAACUGCUUAGUGUGUUUAGGACUGGAGCGUGGAGCUAGAUCUCCACUUUUAGAAGACCAAGACCAACCCACUCUCUUGUGGCACCUUCAAGACUAACCUUAAAGGUUAGGAAUUCCUUAAGGGUUGUUAUGGCCUGAGCCAGAGGUCAGAAACCAAGGUAUUUUUGUGUGGCUAGAAAAUGGUGUCCUUCAACUCCUGCCUCAUACUGGCCUGAAUGGAAGCUAGAUUUGGGUGUAGAGAAUGUAGCCUACUGUACAAAGGUAGAUUUUGUGUUUGUUGCCACUUCCAUUUUUGCUUCUGGACUACUGAAAGGAAGCCUGGAAGGGAAUGUGGCCCUGGUAGGUUCCUCAUCCUGGCCUGAGUCUUUGUGGAACUAGUCUAUUUCCAUCAGCUGCAUGAAUCGUCAGGGUAAGUUAGCAGACAUGUGCACCAGUGAUUGGGGUGGGGCAUUUUUCUUUUUGGGGAGUGACAUUUUAAGCAUCGAGUUUUAGAGGGAAAUGAAAAGCUUUCCAUAUGAACCUACCCAGACCCUGAGAUCAUCUUCUGAGGCCCUUCGUCGUGUGCCUUCUCCAUGAGUGGUCUGGAGGGUGGCAACACAAGAAGAGGCCUUUUCUGCAGUGGCUCCCUGUUUAAGGAAUGCUCUUCCUAGGGAGGUUCUGCUGGCGCUUUCGUCACACACCUUUAGGUGCCAGAUGUAAACAUUUCUUGUUAAGAAGGCCUUUGGCUGAUUGACAUCCAAUGCCCUUUUAAAAGGUAGUGGGAAGUACAGUGGUACCUCGGGUUACAUACACUUCAGGUUACAUACGCUUCAGGUUACAGACUCCGCUAACCCAGAAAUAGUACCUCACGUUAAGAACUUUGCUUCAGGAUGAGAACAGAAAUUGUGCUCUGGUGGCACAGCGGCAGCAGGAGGCCCCAUUAGCUAAAGUGGUGCUUCAGGUUAAGAACAGUUUCAGGUUAAGAAUAGACCCCCGGAACGAAUUAAGUACUUAACCUGAGGUACCACUGUAGGUUGUUUAUUGGGUUGCUUUUAUUUUUAUUAUGUAUUUUGUGAUUUUAGAUUGUGAUUUUAUGUUGUAACUGCCCUUAGAAUUGUGGGUAUAGAGUGGUAUACAGAUUUAACUAAUUAUUAAUAAUAAUAAUAAUAAUAAUAAAUGCAUAAAGUACAAGCUCAGACUGUUUUGUUGCAGAGGAAUUGCAAGGUUUGUUCACAUAAUGUAUGGUAAGCAUUAGUUCAGAUGCAAUGUGGUCUCCAUGUUUCUCUGUCGCUGCCAGACACAGUGGUCCAGCCACUUUGUAGCCCCUCUUUGAGAGGGUGCUUGGAGAAAGGUCGUUGUAGAGGACCUUGGGGCAUGGGUACAAGUGCAUAUGUCCCAAGCCGCCUUAAGGUUUUCUAUGUCAAAAUCAGCAUUUUGAAUCUGGCUGGGAAGCGAUUUGGAAGUUGGUGAAGGUAUAUGUUCUGAACAUGUUCAGAGUUGCUAUAUAAAUCAGAGUCCCGGGAAAGUGUCCUGGUAACUAUAGUUUGUUAAGGAUAUACAGCCCCCAACUUUCCUUUAGUGUCAAAGAGGGUAUAAGGUUGUUUUAAAUGUAAGUUGUUGAUGUUAACAGUUGAGGCAUGAGCCCAACGACACCUUUUUUGGGGUCUGCUUUUGUGUGCAUGGGUGGAUGUAAGAAAUUGCCAGGCUUCACCGUGCUUUGACCUGAGUACUACUCCUCUUUGGAAAGAGUGUGUAUGUAUGAGUGUGAGAGGUAAUAAGUGUGGUGGUGUAGUGUAGUGGUUAGAGUGUUGGACUAGGACUUGGGAGACCAAGGUUCAAAUCCCCCGUCCACUAUGAAAGGCGAACAUAAAAUGAGGAGAAUCAUGUAUGCCACCUCGAGGUCUUCAGAGGAAAUGGUCGGUUGUAAAUGUAAAAAUAAAUUAAAUAACAAUGAUGAGAGCUGCUGUACCACUGAUAGCAAAGAGUGAGUUAUGAGCAGGAAGUUUUUGGUUCAAAUGGUAGCUUACCCACAAACUUGUUGUAUGGCCUAAGCUAAGCUCCUAUUUCUCAGCCACCCCGUUGGGUAAGCUGCUGUUUUUCUGUCCAUCUCCACGUUUGCAGUACAGUGAUAAUACUUCAUAAGCACUGUUCAUAAACAAUCAUAAUAUUGAGAUAGUUAUUGAGAAUGUGAGCUUGAAGCACUGUGAACCCUUAAAAGCUUUCUUACUACAGUGGUACCUCGGGUUACAUACGCUUCAGGUUACAUACGCUUCAGGUUACAGACUCCGCUAACCCAGAAAUAGUUCCUCAGGUUAAGAACUUUGCUUCAGGAUGAGAACAGAAAUUGUGCUCCGGCGGCGUGGCAGCGGGAGGCCCCAUUAGCUAAAGUGGUGCUUCAGGUUAAGAACAGUUUCAGGUUAAGUACGGACCUCCGGAACGAAAUAAGUACUUAACCCGAGGUACCACUGUAAGAGUGUCCCUGAGCAUGUGCGGUGUCUCACAGGCUUGAGUUUAGGAGACAGAGCAUUGCUUCUAGAAAUAUCUGUUUCUGCACCUGUUUCUUUGGAAUUGAACCACUGGAAUCUAGGGCGCUUAUCUGAUCAAAGGAAGUCGAUAAAUCAGUUGAGUUUUUAAUAGAUUAAAAGUGGCAUUUUCUCCUUUGCAUAAGUACUUCUAGCAACAAUAAUCAAUGCUUGCUAAAAGAAUAUGUUUUGCGUGAUUGAUCUGUGAUACCUUUUAAGUUUAUUAAAUGUUGUUUAGCUGACUAAACAAACUGUUUAUUUGACUGUAGGUGGUAUCCAUAUUGGAAACCACCUCAAGUUGUGUACUUCUUUCUAGGUUCUGUAAAGAUUUAAGAAAAACAUGGUGGAAUGUGUAAGAGGUACCACCAAGUAGCCUCUCUCAAGCUUCCAAGACUUUGAAGGACCUGAAAGUUUGACACACUUCCUCGUGUGGGAAUGGAUUACCAGCCACUUGGUUGGUUUGAAAUUCAUUUAAUUGUUGAGUUUUCAGGGGAAAACCUUUUCAGUAAUACACCCAGGCAUUGUGUUGUGUUAGCAUCGGACGUUAGGGGCACUGCAGGGUACUUAAAAUGCUCAGUGUGCUCAGCAUGGCUGAGAUAUGCCUCUGGGCAGAUAAAGAUGGUAGAUGGGGUCUCAUUGGCACUGUGUUUGCUGUGCAUUGCACACAACCACACUGUAAGCAAAGGAUGUGGCUGCUUCAUUCCCUUGCCUUCUUAUGACACGUGCAGGUCUUAUAUAUGCAGAACUAGAUUUUCCCCUUUUUGGAGAAAGCUUUUCCUGUGCAAAAGUUAAUGCUUUUUUUAUUUUCUGUGUUUGUGGUGUUUUCAUGAAGAAUUAUCUGUAUGUUGUUUUGUCUUUCCCCAGCAUACGUCUCUGGUUUAUGAUAAGAAAAGCUUAUACAUAAAAUAAUAGCAACGACACUGUGCAUUUCAAAGGCAUUUGCUUGUAAACCCUCAAUUUUGCAUUUAAAGCAAAACUGAACGAUGCGCUUGAUUUUGUGAGAUCCACGUGUGUCUGACAAAAUGAAUCGUUCACUGUAGUUUUUCAGCACAUCUCUGCAAUUUUAAUUCACUUUGAAAUAAGGCAGGUUGUGGGUGGCUUCCACAUUCACUUGUUCUGUAGCUGAAAAGAUUAGAAGACAUUGUGAGUCCUGUGUUCCAUUCUGGGCACCACAUCCAGGUGUAGACCAGUGAUUCCUAAAUUUUGGGGGGCCACCACCCCUUGGUUCCAUAAACGCAUCUCCAGUGCCCCCCACCUUACCCGGUAAAAAGGCAUUAUUCAGGUUUGUAGGACCCAUUAAGGAAGAUAAUAACAAAAUAAAAUUCACUUAAUUGCACAUUUAUUCAAAAUCCAAUUGAAACUAAUUAGCAUAAUCAGUUCAGCAAAAGUGAUGAGUUUGGUCCAGUGAUACCAGCUUUCAAAAGUCUGAGAGUCAUUUACACCUCUAGGUAAUCCCACUUCCCUCUUCUAGGGGUGGUAUCAUUCACUUGAGGAACCACUGGUGUUGACCAAUUGGAAUGAGUUCACUGAGGGCAGCAAAGAUGGUCAGGGGUAGGAAAUACAUGUCCUAAGAGGAAUGGAAGCCUGCAGCUCAGUAGCAGAGCAUCUGCCUUGCGUGCAGAGUACGCCAUCUUAAAUCCUGUGUAUCUCCAGGUCGGGUUGAAACCUUGGAGAGCCAUUGCCAGUCAAAUUAGACAGUAUGGCGCUACAUGGACCAAUGGACUGACUCAGUUUGGCAGUUUCCUAUGUUCCCAACUGGGUAGAAUUAUGGAAUUGUAGUGAUGGAAAGGGACCACAAGGGUCAUCUUUUAGCCCACUUCUAGUCUGCAGGGAUCUCGCCUGUCUCCAAGAAUUCUCAAAGAUCAGGCUUCCUCAACCUCAGCCCUUCAGAUGUUUUGAGACUACAAUUCCCAUCGUCCUUGACCACUGGUCCUGCUAGCUAGGGAUCAUGGGAAUUGUAGGCCCAAAACAUCUGGAGGGCCGAGGUUGAGGAAGCCUGUCAAAGAUUAUAGACACCUGUUGAUGCAGCCUAGAAUAGCAUUAGCUUUUUUUGUUGUUGCAUCACACUGUUGACUCAGGUUCAGCUUGGAGUCCACUAAGACCCCAAUGUCCUUUUCACAUGUGCUUCCAGUAAGCCAGGUGCCCCCAUCUUACGUUGCUGCAUCUGGUUCUUCCUGCCUAAGUGCAAAACCUUUCAUUUGUCCCUAUUGAAAUUCAUUUUGUUAGCUUGGGCCUAGGUUUCUGAUCUCUUAAGGUCUCUUCCUUCUCUGGGUAGUGGCAGGGUAGGGUUCUCUGCAGUGUGCCUUCCCCAGCCACCUUGGUAUAUUCUGAGGUCUGCAAUUGUCCUUGCUCCUCUAGCUGUUGCUUUGGAUUUCCUGCAUGAAGCAGGCUAUGCUAGAUAGCUUGCAUUGGGGAACCAGUUGCCCCUCUUGAUGUUGUUAGACUCCCAGCUCCCAUCAGCUCUAGUCCGCACGGGCAGUGGUCAAGGAUGAUGGGCGUUGUAGUCCAGCAACAUCAAGAGGCUUACAGAUUCCCCAUCCCUGGCCUACAAAGUCUUGCAUGAUGCUGUAUUGGGGGUUGCUUCUCAGGCUAGGUCUACAGUAUUCCUUCAUUGUGCCAUAUAGUGGUACCUUUGUUCCGGAGGUCUGUUCUUAACCUGAGGUACCACUUAGCUAAUGGGGCCUCCUGCCGCCGCCGCCCGAUUUCUGUUCUCAUCCUGAGGUAAAGUUCUUAACCCGAGGUACUACUUCCAGGUUAGCGGCGUCUGUAACCCAAAGUGUUUGUAACCCGAGCUGUUUGUAACCCGAGGUACCAUUGUAGUGUUACGUGCUUUAAAAAUAUGUAAGAAAUAUACACCAUAUAAUGAUAUUUAACAUACAUUUGCCCAAGAGACCUCAUUAUACUAAGAAAAUCAAUAGGAAAGGCAGCUAAUUAGAUGAGGAAAAAGUUUGUAGUGGAAUCCAAAAAUGUAUAGGCAGAAACAAGCGCUAUUGAAUUCAAGAAGUGGGGUUAGGAUUUCAGCCUUAACAAAAAUGAUUUUAUCUAUAUAUAAUUCUCAAGAGAGUGUCUUUAAAGAACUGUAUUUGUGGAGUUCGCAUUGGCAUGUGCAAGAUCGAUCCCCAUAUUUGACAGCUGCAUUGACAGCUGUAAUACUAGAUGAUCCUCACGGUGCUUUCAAACGCUACAAUUUUAUGACUUUAUGUCUUGUAAAAAAUUCAGUAUUUUUGUCUGCUUGUAAGAUAUAGUGAUGGCCUGGCCACCAGCUUGGAUGGGGAGAGGAAGAACCAUGUGCUUCACCUUGAACUUUGUGGAGGAAAGGUGGAAUCUAAAUGUGAUGGUGAUGAUGAUUUUUUUAAUUUUUUAAAAAAACACCCCAUAGUUUUUGCUUAGUUCAGAUGUAAUGGCAACCUAUAAUUUGCCACAAAACUGGAAGUCAGGGAACAUGCAAGCUAGGGGCAUGUCAUGUAGCGUCACAAGUUAAACCUAGUUUGCUGCUUCGUUGUAGUAUGCUAAGCACUUGAGAAUGCGACUACGUGUGUGCGUUUGAGGAAGUCUGCAAUGUGGAAUGUAGAAGAAUGUGGGCAGGCACAAAUAUAUGGAUCUUUCAUGCUGGAUCAGUGCUCUGCGUCAGGAUUGGGGAACCUUUUUUUUUGACAUUCUAUUCUGAGCAACCUUCUCAGGGCAACAUGCCAAUUGUAGGUGGAGCCGGAGGCAAAAGCAGGCAGAGCAGUGACUCUAAAUUUUGCUUUCAUGUAGUGGGCACUCCUAUCUCCAUUCAGGCAAGCAAGAGGCAAACACCAAGAGUUGAAGGACACAAUCCAGGCAGGGAAAAACAAUCAAGGCCAGAGAGGGGUGUGGCCUGGGGAGAGGAGGUGUGGAGAGGAGGGCCAAAUAGAGCAGUCCAGAGGGCCACAUUUGGUUUGCCAACCCUUCUCUGCAUGGACCCUUAGUCUAAGGCAGGCAUAGGCAAACUCGGCCCUCCAGAUGUUUUGAGACUACAAUUCCCAUCAUCCCUGACCACUGGUCCUGUUAGCUAGGGAUGAUGGGAAUUGUAGUCCCAAAACAUCUGGAGGGCCGAGUUUGCCUAUGCCUGGUCUAAGGUACCAUGGGCAGUUCAUAUGUUCUUAUCUGCUGUUUGCGUUUUCUACCCCUGUUUCUACACUGCGUGUAGAAUGUGUGCAUUGUUGUUCCAUGACCUAGUAACUUCCAUCUUGGUCUACUGAAAUGCGCUUUGUGUGGGGAUACCCCUGAGGUCAGUCUGGAAGAUGCACCGAGUGCAAAAUUGAGUGGCUCAACUGCUCAGUGCAAGGGCCAAAUAUCACCUCCAUGUUACAUAGUGCUGAGAGUCUUGUACUGGCAGUCCUCUACUGGACUUAGUUGAAGGUGCUGAUUUUGAUACCAUUUCAUCAGGAGGUCCAUUCCAUUUGAUGCAGAAAUUGGACCUUUAGUGUUGUGGCAUCUACGUCUUGGAAUUCCCUCCAAUUGUGUAUCAGACAGGUGCCAUCUCUGUUGUCUUUUGGUGCAUAUUGAAGAUUGUCCUUUUCCAGCAAACCUUUUAAGUGAAGAUUUUUGUCCUCUUUCAUCUACAUUGGAUUAGAAAUAGUGUGUUUUACAAACACACACAUUUUUGAAUCACUUUGGGAUGUUUUCUAGGAAGUAAUUUAUAAAUUAAAUGAACAAAAUUAGCUUGUACUGAUACGAAAACUCCAAGAGCUUGGCAGCAAUUCUUGGCGAGUUGAAGUAUUGCGGGUUUUUCUGGAGAAUUUUGAAUUGGAAAAUUUCCCACUGUAUGUUAGGGUAAGCUGCCUUGGGAAAAAAUCAUUUUGCAUCAGAAAAUGUUGUGAUGUCUUAGAGAGGGAUUUAAUUUAGCAUCUUUAUGAUGUACUUGCUCUGUAAUACAGAUGGUUAUAGGUAUAUUUUAUGUUUAUGUUGAGUGUUCACUGACGGUUUGGUUUGUCUUCAACAAGUAACAAAAAAAGUUAGCAUUUCUAUUUUACUCAUAGCUGUUAACGUUUCCCUUUUUUAAAGGGAAAUUCCCUUAUUCUGAAUAGGAUUCCUCGGAAGAAAAGGGAAAAGUUGACAGCUAUGAUUUUACUUGCAUUUAGUAAUCAAAGCUAAAAACUUUGAAACUGCUAAGCUUGCCUAGUGUUGUAUUUGCAGUUGGCACCCGUUCAUGGUUAGUCAUGAACUUAGGAAACAGAAGAUUUUCUAUGGGGAAAAAUAAAUCACUGGGGGGAAAAUUCCACCACACAUUGUUGGUGGUGAAUUGUGAGGCAAAGGGUAUUAAACACAGCGAUACACAAGAGGUUGUCAGAAGGCUCCAAACUGAGAUAACAUAUGCGAUUGAUGGUCCCCUUAGGGUAGUUAUUUUCAAAAUUCCUGCCGGCUUCCUUAUUGCUUUGUCUGAUGUGGGACCUUGAAACACCUCAGCUGACAUUCACACAAAAAGGUUUUAAAGUUGCAGGUGCAGUCUCUACCUAAGAAUUGAAGGCAUCACUAACUUGUAUUACUAGGGCUGUGUGUUGUCAGGCUGUUUGGCAUAAGUGAAUGCAAAUCUUGAGAGAAGUUGUGAAACUACCUCCUGAGGGAAGUUUGUCAGGCCCUACUCUUGAUUGGAUAUCAGGAGCGAGGUGAAGACUUCAGUGUUCUGGUGAGCAUUUGAAGUGUCCGUUCGAAUGUUUAAGAUUAUGCUGCAGUUGAUGUGCAGUUCUGCUGCUACAAUCUUGGUUUUCACCCUGGUGCUGUUGGGAAUUUUCAUUAUGCGGUGUUUUAAUGAAGGGAAGUUUCUGUUUAUUGAAAGUUACGUAUGAUGAGAGGCAGAGUUUUGUGGUGGAACACAAAAACAUAAAAUGUGCGUGGACAACAGCAGAGUGCUCCAUUCUAGUUGAACAGCGGCUGGGAUUUCGCUAGUCUCCACAUGUGUAUUGACUGUUGACUGUAAAAGGAAAGCCAGUUACACAAUUAGACUCUCUGACUUUUACUGCAUAUAUUCCACUUUGGUUUACUUCUGAUUGAUCUGAUGUUUUUCUAUAUAGAGUGUACAUUUCCCUUGCAAUAAUUACUGGCAAGAUUGAACACCCUUUUUGGAACAGGUGAGUGGGCAUAUAAAAUAAAUUUGGUGGUUGGUUGUUUAGCCAAAGUGUUCAGUUUGUAAGUCCAAUGGCUAAUAACUAAAAUGAAAGUUAGGAAGUUACCCUGUGCAGUUGUGGCAUCGUAAGCUACUAUUGACUAAGACUCCCCAAGCUGAUUAAUGAUUUGCUAUUUAGAUUCAAAUCAACUCAUAAAAAAUAAUCAGUAUUAUAGCUUGGAAGGGAAGGAAUUCCAAAGGUUGUUAUCGGGAAAGGAGACAUGAACUCAUAGGCUUUUACUUGCACCAGGGUUUUAUUUUGGUAAAGUAAGGGCAUCUGUACUUGGCAACACAGAACUAAAGUAGGACAACUCACUAGAGUAGGUGUGAAAUGCUGUCUUAAGAGAUGUGAGGCAUAGUUUGAGUGUUGCAGGUAAAAAUGAAAUGUGAUGAACUUAAGCUGCCUUUCUACUGAGUAGGAAUGGAAGGAUCUGUCAUUCUGCCAAUAUUAAUCCCCCCCCCGCACAAAAUGCAGUUUGUGCAUUUUCUUUUAAAAAACCCACACAAAUUAUUAUAUGCAUUUCUGUAUGUAGUUUUGACUGAUGUACACAUUUCUGCAAGCAGUUUCUCUUAAUAUGAUUUUUUGGUAAUUUUAACUGGGGCUGAUGGGAGUUGGAGUCCCAAGUUCAUACCACCCAGCUCUCCCUUCUGGAGCUGGGUCUGAAAGUUUACUUCAAACUGCAGAAAAGAUAGGGAAGCAAAAUAAAUAUUGUGGUACAUAGUCAGCUGCUAAUGACAUAGAAAAGAAAGCACUGUUCUAUUUUGUCACCUCUGAAGUGUUGACAUCCCAUGUUUUGGCUGAAUACCAAAUGUAUACGAGAAAAGUACAAAAGCAGCGCUACCUCUAAAAAGUUGUUUUUGAGUGAUGAAGGUUUUAAAAAAAGGAUUGGCUUGGUUUUGCUUCAAACUUAACUGAAUGUGCAAAAUCCCUCCAGAAAGGGAUCUAAGAUUUCCAGUUAUAGCAAAGUAAUAAAAUAUAAUUUUUUUAAAAAAAGGAUUUGUCUGUUAGGUUAAAUUUCUAGGCUCCUUUCAAAUUCACACGUUGGUUCAAAACAUAAACAAUGCAAUGAGAGCUAAUUGAAAAGCCAAAUCCAAACGAUGUUAUUUCUUUUUAUACCUUUAAUGUAGCAAUUUGAAGUCAAAUAUGGUUCAGGGCUUGAAAUGUGCUUGCAGAAAAUCAAGUUGGGACUUGUGCAGUUUUGGCGGUUGGCAUUGUUAAAAUAAUGCAGAGGCAAAGUGCAUGCACACAAGCUGAAAACAACCCAAAGUGUUAGCUAUGCAGCUUAAACUAUUUAAUCGGUUUUUAUUAAAACUUACUACUGCUGGACUCUAUUAUAGACUAAAAUACUACAGAAAUGAUGUGCAGUCAAGUCCUAAGCAUGUUUACUGAGAAGUCAGCACUUACUGAAUCCCAAGGGGCUUGUUCCUAGGUACAUAAGUGUGGUUAGGGCCAAAGCUUUAAACAUUACCCAAUCUCUGAUAUUUCUUGUGUUGGUAUUAAAGCCUAUAUUAUUCUUAGUGUUGAAUAACCAGUGCCAGUGAGAUGAUAUCUUACCCACUGCGUAAAGCAGAGGAAUAAAUUUCUGUGGAAUAAGAGCUUUUAACCUUGAAAGGGGUACGUGUCUGCUGUGGAAACAGAGCAGACAUAACAUCCAAGAAUUCGUUGCAAAGAAUGCAAGGGGGCAGAAAUGUAGCAAACCAACAAAUUGUUCACCAUUCCUCCAAGGAACUUGAGGUGAUGUUCACGGUUCUUCUGCAGGUAUCCCCCCCCCCAUCCUCUCACAACAUCCCUGUGAGGUGAGAUAGGCUGUGAGAUUGUGUGGCUGGUCUCAGGUCACGGGGGGGGGGGGGCUUGUGGCUGAAUGAGGAUUUGAACUUUGGUCUCCGUAAUGCUUGUCUGACACUUGCAGUGUCAAGCAGAAGGUAGACAGGGAUCUGGGUAGACCAGUAAGGGAAUCUGGGUAGACCAGAAAGGGUUUCUGACUCACAAAUAGGAAUAAAACAUUUCCCUCACCUAAAUGCAGCUGCUGAAAUGAUGAGAGCUAACCAGAGGUGCUGCAAGAGGACCAUGAACUGACCAGUUCUGGUACUGAACGCAUAAUUUAGGCUCAGAAUAUGCUCAGAAGGACCCUUGUUUUUGAAUCUUUGCGUGUACAGUAUUCAGCUCCUGGUUCCUGUUGGUAAAUAUUGGGGUUCCAGAAAAUAUCAAAGGAGAUCCAAGAAACCUAAAGUCUGCCCAUAGCGGCUUCUGAGAUUUCUCCAAAGAGCUUUGUGAUAGCUUGGUUAAAAAACAAACCAUCAAAUUCACAAAAUGGUGUUGGAAGGGGGCGGGGGAGUUGCAUUGCUUAUUUACCAGCAUUCAGCACAGGCACUAGCAUGUCAUCGUCCUCAUGGCAUAAACAGAAGGAAUUAGUCCCAGGUCCUAGUCCAGCACUCGAACUACUUCCCCAGCUGACCUCCUUGGAAUGAAAUGUUUGAUGAAAAUCCACUAAAUUACUGGAGGAAGGUUUGUUAAAUGCCUGGAAUUGGCUUUUUUAAAAGAAGAUGUGAUCAAGAUGCAAGUGUAUGCUUUAAACCAAUGGUUGGGUAUUAUUAACAGGAAGACUUACUGCAACUAGGUAUUGGAGAUAUAUGGAAGGAGCCUCUGAUGGAUUGUUGUAAUAAAGUCUGGGAAUUGGCACUUGUUUAGAAACUCACCAAUAAACUUAGAAGGGCACAAGGUUUAAAACAAAAGGACUUCUUUGCGGUAGAAUGAAAUUGCUUCAUUAAGCAUACAGUGAAGAAUGACUAUACAGGACUUCAUAUCAGCAUUCUAGGUUGCUUUGAUCAUUUUUUGGGGUUAUCCUUUGAGGAACCUGUGAAAAUAAGGAUUUAUGAUGUGGACGUGUGGGCUUCAGAUUUGGAUGCAGACUUAAUCUCUCGGCAAGGGUGAGGGUUAAAUUAGUCACUUCUCUUUUCAAUUUCUGCAUCUAUAUUGUUUUGUAAUAUACUUACAAAAACAAUAGCAACAACCCUGUGAGGUAGGUUAGGCUAAGAGACCAGUGAGUGGGCCAACGUCACCCAGGGAGCUUCAUGGCAGAGUGCAGAUUUGAAUCCUGACCUCCCAGUACAGCCUGCCAGCCAUUACAUCAACUGACUACCUUCUGAUUGUAUGUGGAUAUGUUUUUUGGUGGAAGAUUGCAUUUUCCCAUUGAUAAAAUGCUAUAAUUUAAGUGUGAGUGUUGGUGUCUUCCUUUUAAGCAGCAGUAAGUUCUUCAGUAACUACUGUUCAUUUAACACACAAGUAAGUCAUUAUAAAGUAAGUCAAGUAAGAAAGGCCAUUUGAACUGGGUGGGACCCCUCUGAACUCUUCUCAGGCUAAACCCCGUACUGUCACUGCAUCUUGCCCCAGUUGUUCUCGUCUGACUGGAAUCUAUGUUUAUUAAUUUAUUUAGACCACUACUGUACUGCUAGAGAGAGAGCAGUGCACAGAAAUCUAAAACAGCAACCAGAAAUCUGACCAAAAACACACACACAAUAAAAAGAUAAAUACAAAUUACUAAUAAAUGUAUACUGAUAUCUGUUCCUUUUCCUUCUGGCACAAUUUCCCAAUCACCCAGCCUCUUGGCUCUCAUCCAUGACCCAAACAAACUCACAGAAUCAUGCCCCUCACACACACAAAAUAAUCUCACAACGAAGAGAAUUCCUGGAACCUUCUGACAUCACCCUAGUCUCUCACACUAAGCUUGCUUUUAUGGACAGGCACCAUGAUUGAUGGAGCUUUCUCGGGUUGUCCAUAGCUGUGUCCCUGCUCAGCACCUUGUUUGCUGCAUGGCACACACACACAAUCCCAAGCUGCAGCGGGUUUAGUUUGGUGAGUUUCCUGUGUUGUGUGUAAAACAGAGAGCAAAUAGGGCACUCUUCCACUCUGUGGUCUUGAACUCUCUUAAUGCCUCUUGCAUGGUGGAAACGGAGGGCGUGUGAGUGUGUAGACACUGGCCUACGUACAAUACAAAGGUAACCUUGACAUUUGAUGCUCCAUCUACUUUUGCUUCACUGUGCACCGGCAUGUGGUCCCUUGCCCUGAAAACGGUUCCCCAUCUCUUGUCGUAGAAAGACAGUUGCCCACAAAGCAACCGCAGCUGAUUUCAUGCUGAAAGGAACUUCGCUCCAAAGCUGGCUUGCAAUCUUCACUUGAAGGUCAUCCCUUGUCUCCCCCGUCUGGGAUUUAGCCCAGCUAGCAGACAUAACAAUUCUGUGAUUGCCACGUUUAUUUUGCCCUCCUUCCUUUUCAGUGCUCACCCCACCUUUAUUAAAUUAGUCUAAGACUGAGUUUUGACCAAGCUGUGGGAGGCAGUGGAAGACAGGAGUGCCUGGCGUGCUCUGGUCCAUGGGAGUCGGACACGAGAGUCGGACACAAAGAGUCGGACACGACUAAACAACUAAGCAAAAACAACAAGACUGAGUCUUCAGACCAGACAGUGCAGAACAGUAGUGGGGAUUCUGUGGCUCUCCGUGUGUUGUUGGACUCUAGCUUUCAUCAGACUCAUCCAUCAAGAUUAAUUGACGAGGUUGAUGGGACUUAGUAGCGCGACAGCCAUUGGAGUUAGGCCUCUAUCCCUGGUUUAGAAUCUAAGCAAGGCUAAUUGCUGUACAGGGAUGAGGAAAAUAAGGAGUAGAAUAGAUCUUCUGCCAGAAUAGCACCUCCUGCUGUAGCAUCGUUGAGAUUUGCUUCCUCAGAAGGCCAACCUUUCUCCAUCAUUGAAUAGGUAUCGGGAAACGGUGAUAAUUUAUUUUCUGUCCUUUUCUCUUCUUCCGGAGAAGCUUAGUAUCUCGGCAUGUCAUGCUACUUGUGCUAUCCUUUCAAGUUUAUCUCUGUAGUCUUCCUAUUUUAAGAUUUCAGUUGUUUCAUUUGGCUUCUUGGUGUUGGGUUAGAUCAAAGCCCUCCGUUGCGUACUCUGAAAAUAGAUAAAUCAAGCGAGGCUUGUGAAAAUAUUUCAAGGCUUAUUAUGGUGUGAAGUGCUUUUUGUUUAAUUCUUUCCUGUUAAUUCCCCCCCAAAGAAAGCAGUGUUUUUAUUGUAAAUGUUGCUUUUAAACUUUUAUUAGGAUAUACAUUCUAUUUUUCUUCAGCUUAUUAACAACAUAACCUUUAAAAACUUCUUCUUAUUAUUUCUUAGCCUUUUUAUAUGUUUAUUAUACUUGGCUAUCAUCUAAAUAGAAUCUAAAAACUUUUUUCAAGUGUAAAAUUAUAUCUUAUUUUAUCCAUAACUUCUUAUUAAGCUUUUAUUUACCUUUUCAUUUUAGGAUCUUUAUGUGAAAACUUUGAACAAAAUGAAACUUUUAUACAAACAUUACUCAAUACUCUUUCUUUUUUCUUUUUCAUUUUUUAAAAACACUUUCUUCCUUUAUAGCUUUUUCUUUUUUAAACCUGUGUUCAUUUUAGAUCUAUCAGGUUGGUUUUUAAAGGUCUGAGUUAAAGCCGCUUCAGAGUUAUUUAUUUCUUUUGUGCAAAGUCAUCAACCUGGUUUCUGUGUUUCUGUCCUGGUAGCUUAGGGGGAAUACUUUUAAUACAUUUACCGUAUAAUGCAAAUGAAUUCUAUAAGGGUUAAAAAAAUUUGUAACUUAGCUUUAUACAUUUUCAAAUGUGUAUCAUUCAGGCACACAUUCCAAGGAGCUAGAAUUAGCUGUGUCUCACUUUUGUGUAUGUAUUUGGUGUCAAAUGUGGGUUUGCAACUGCAUAAUGUGUGAAUCAGGCCUUACUCAUUUGGGUUCUCUAUCUAAAGUACCUUUAACUUGAGUGACUCUCUGCUAUGAUUUGCUUUCCUCCACCUCCUUCCUUUCAUGUUUACCAAAGCAUUCAUUCAUGUUCCUUUUCAAGUUCUGUGUGGGGACCAUAUUAAGUAAUGACUUGCUAAGUGGAUAUAUGCAGCAAACCUAUGCCCAUUCACAUGGCCAUUUUGAUUUUACUUUUGCUGCAAGGAAACCCAGAAGCUGAACCCUGAAUUCACCAUAGUUUCUUGUUCUAUCUGAAAUUUUAAGCUAUAGUUAUCAGGGUUGGUUUAAAGUUGGUUUGAUAUCCUGGCUUGUUCUGAACCUGAUAACCAUGGUUUCCUGGUUGAUGAAACAGGAAACUAUAAUUAAUUAGUGGCUUCUUGGUUUAGUUAUGGCUCUCAUAAAGGGGAGAACAAAGAGCAAACUUUGUGAGCAAGAUGUCAAUUUACUAAGCUGAGAUAAGGAUAUCCAGACCAGCUCAGUGAGUCAGAAAUUCAGUUGCGCGAAGUGAAAACACAUAAGCAUUGUGAAUUUGGGGCAACGGGGACACCUGGAUUUGAGAAGUUCUUUAAUCUGCAGGUUGGCUGCAUGGGCAAAGGAAGGAUUAAUUUCAGUCUUUCCAGGCAUUUCCUCCCUGUAUGAUAAACGCAAUGUCUGUAGAUUUAGCCCCCUCACCCACACCCACACCCAGCUCCAUUGCAGGAUAGCACAUUUUCUUACUGUUCAGAUUGCAAUAUUUUGCCACUGGAAAAAGAUUUUCAGCUGUGCUGCAAAUGACAAAACUCUCUAUUGUUUAUUGUGAUGCAAAUUCUCUGUUCCUUAGUUCCCAAUCAAACAAAACUAUGAUUCUGCUUACAGACUUUUUUAAAUAAUAAAAAAGCAGCAGUAUUUUCUGUUUGUGUGGCUAAUGUUUUUUUUUUUUUUAAACCUUAUGCUUUUGGAACCUUAAUAUUAGGAGCUGUGAAGAAGCUGUGUUUUCUAGAAGGUAGGAGUGGGAGUUGUGUUGGUGGCUAGACAGGAAAUUAGCAGGAACAAAAGCUAUUGAGGAGUUAUUAAAAACAACUACGAUUGUCAAGUAGAUAUUUUGCUUUUGGACUACUUGUGCAUUGAAGAUAGGUCCAGGGAACAUAUUUAACUUAUUACUUGCAUUUGACAAAGCACAAGUGAAACGUUUGUUAAAAUGUUUUAUCAAUUUUAUUUUGUGUCUUGGUUUGUUCCUAUGCUUCGUUUAUAUAAGGAUUAUAUAUUUUAACUUGGUGCAUAGUAGAAAAAUGUAUGGUUUUGUGCUCUAAUUUGCUUUUAUUGGGUAUGUGGCAGUAUUAAAAACGACUGUAAAAUGUUUGCUGUUUAAAGAAGAUAUUUCCUGGUGUGUGUGAAUAUUGUUCUACAUUCUUGAAAUUACUUCUCCUAGCUUCAGAAGAUUUAAACCUUUUGCAAAAUCUUUUUUAUAUUUAUUUCUGGAAAAUGUUCUUCAUUGGAUAUGAUUCUCGCCAGCUUAGGGAUGUUAAUUUCAGACAGAGGGCGUUUUUGAACACUGGGUGUUCUAAUUCAGUGUAUUGGAUACAAGCCGCAUGUGAACUUCUACUAAAUUGAGUUGUAGACGUGGGACUAGCACAAGCAGGGCAGGUGCUACCUGCAUGAUUCAAAACAGGAACAUAGUUUGUGUGCCUUCCUUAAUGUAUGCUUUUCUACCACUCUCGGUUUAGUAUAGUACCGCAGUGCUAAGUCAGCAUGUGGGAAGAAGAUGCUCUGCGGACACAGGCUAAAAUGUUUCAGGAUGGUCCUCAUAUUGUAGAUCUGCCGUUAUGUAAGAAAAUAAUUACAAUUGUGGUUUCUUUAUCUGUAGAAAAAAUCACCCACUUUGUAAUUAUGCAUGCGCACACAUUGUAAUUUGCAAAAGUACAAUUGUCAGCGGUAAGCCUCUUGCCUCACUUAACCAUAGUAGCUUUUGUUGCGUGUCAAAUUAAAUUUCUAUAUUCUUUUGGGGAGCCUUCCAGUUCUAAUCCUUUAAGUCAAGAGAAAUGAAAAACAGAACAAAAGAACACAUGCAAUUUAUUUUAGGCAAUGUGGAAUGCAAAUCUGUAUCUGCAUGCUUUAAUAGUUGUUAAUUCAUUUGCCAUAGACUAUUUCUAUUAGAAGCCCUGGGUUAGCUGUAAAGCAAAGCUCCGCUUAGAAGAGGAAAACCAAACCUUCUCUGUCCUGGGCAGCAUUCUUGUGCCUGACAAAUGUUGAGCAAUCCUCUAAACUCUUAACCUCGUGUAACAAAAUAUGUGAAAUGACCUGACAUUUCUUGAACAGCAGAAAUAUCUGUGAGUGCAGAUUCAUGGCUUAGGAGCACCCAAUAUUAUAGAACAGUUGAAGUGGAUGUGACGGGUAUCAGUAUGGGAGCUUGCGGGGCUGUGUGAGCCUUGCAGAGCUUUCAAAGGAGGCGUGAAACGUAAGGCAAGUUUAUGCAUUACGCAGCAAUGAACCUGCUCAGGGAAACGCAAGCAGGCCACAGUUCGGUGGUAGAUCACAAGCCUUCCAUGCUAAAGGUCUCAAAUUCAACCCCCAGCAUCUCCAGUUAGGACUGGGAGAGAGCCUGUAAAUGGUACAGUGCUCUGACUCAGUAUAAGGCAGUUUCUUAUAUUCCUGUCCUAGGUUUUCCACUGAGCAUGUGCUCAAGAGGGUGCAGUUUAUUUAUUACCUGUACCCCACCUAUCUCAUUGGGUUGCCCCAGCCACUCUGGGCAGCUUCCAACAAAUAUAGAAGCAUAAUAAAACAUUAUUGAAAACUUUCCUAUACAGGGCUCCCUUUAGAUGCCUUCUAAAAGUUGUAUAGUUACCGUAUUUUUCGCUCUAUAAGACGCACCAGACCACAAGACGCACCUAGUUUUUGGAGGAGGAAAACAAGAAAAAAAAUAUUCUGAAUCUCAGAAGCCAGAACAGCAAGAGGGAUCGCUGCUCAGUGAAAGCAGCAAUUCCUUUUUAUGUUCUGGCUUCUGGGAUAGCUGCGCAGGCUGCAUUCGCUCCAUAAGAUGCACACACAAUUCCCCUUACUUUUUAGGAGGGAAAAAGUGAGUCUUAUAGAGCAAAAAAUACGGUAUUUAUCUCCUUGACCUCUGAUGGGAGGGCAUUCCGCAGGGCGGUUGCCACUACCGAGAAUGCCCUCUUCUUGGUUCCCUGUAACUUCACUUCUCUCAGUGAAGGAACUGCCAGAAAAUCCUCGGAGGAGGACUUCAGUGUCCGGGCUGAACGAUGGGGGUGGAGAUGCUCCUUCAGGUAUACUGGGCCAGGGCCAUUUAUGGCUUUAAAGGUCAGCACCAACACUUUGAAUUGUGCUCGGAAACAUACUGGGAGCCAGUGGAGAUCCUUUAGGACUGGUGUUAUAUGGUCCUGGUGGACCAUAAGACCUUCUGUUUUUCAGUGGAACAAGGGCUAAAAAUCAGUAACAUUUCUAGUAGCUUGGAUGGACUUCUGUUUUCAAGUUUUAUGUAAGUUACUGAAAUGAGCACAGUUUUGGUUUUAAUGUAAAAAGGCAGAAGUUUGGAGCCGGGCUUCUUUGAUGACACGCUUAAGUUUGGUGUGAAUGAAGUACACUUUUUUUUUUGCCUGAGCUUCUGGCAUAUUCACAACGAAUGAUGUAAAUAUUGGUCAUCACUUACUGUAAAUCUUCACGAUGCUUGGCAGGCGUACGGCUUGAUUGAGCUACACAGUGAUGCAUGCUGGGAAGUAAUUUACUGUAAGUGUUGUCUCCACAGUGACUCAAAAUUGGAAGUACUUUGAUAUGUACAGAUUUUGAAGACAAAAGAGAGCAGAAGAAAAGUCACGGCAGUCGUGUAGCGCUACUGUUUGUUUAACCUCUACAUAGCUGCAAUAUAGAAAGUGCUAUUUGGGUUCUUUGACUUGGCCACACAUAUGUAAGCUGAGAGCACAGGCAGGGGAUAGGUGUCUGGUUUUCGUAACACUUUGAAAACAGCAUAUGAAAAUCCCAGAUCAAAAUCCGUUGCUUAUCGGGUCAUUUAUAAGGUAGAGGUGGGAAACCUUAGGUCUGGGGGUAGGGUUGAACGUGGCCCCCUCCUGUUACAAAUGGUUCUCUUCAUUUAUCUGUUGUGUGGCCUGGGCACUUCAAGUACUUUUUGUGUAUGGAACUAAAAGUGCACUUUUACGACUUUGGAGCCGUCUGGCCUGCGGAAAUGGCAACUAGAUUUUCUGUUUUGGCAACUAUAAACCUGGUUUACAAAGCCAUUUGGCACCUAGCUUAUAUAUCUUGAGUUUCUUAACACUGUAAGUUGUUAGCUGCCCUGGGCUCUGUAUGAGUAAGGGUAGGAUAUAAUAAAAACUACUACUACUACCGCUACUGCUACCAAUAAUAAUGAUUUUAUUAUUUAUACCCCACCCAUCUGGCUGGGACUCCCCAGCCACUCUGGGCGGCUUCCAGCAGAAUAUUAAAAUACAAUGGUUAAUCAAAUAUUAAAAAGAGAGACUGGUUUAAUACAAACUCUAAACAAAGAAAACACAAACACAGGAUAGUUCUUUUUGUGUGAUUGGAUGAAUUAAAAGAAAAAGAAAAAAGACUGGUACUCCAGGAAGCUUUUUGUGAUGCACCUAUUUGGCUUCUGUUAUGAUAAAGAUUUGUCGCUUUUGUUGUUGUUGUUCUUGACAGUAAUUCUAAAUGUGUGUAUAUACUUUCUGUGGAAAGGAAUUGGAGAAGUAAGGCUGAAUUCAGUAAGGCUUGUAGCUUGCAGCACCCCAAGGAAAAUAAGAGGAAGUACUGCUACUGUGUGUAACAGCACUGCACCAAAAAUUAAUGCGUCCUUCCAUGUCCGAAGAGGCUAUUGGGAAUCAAAGGGAGGGGAAAACAUGGAAGGGGAGAGGGGGAAACAUGUAUGAACUUGGCACUCAAUGUGAGCAUCUCCUUCUCUUUCAAGUUCCCCAACUCUCAUUAUUUGAAGGAAAGGGUGUAGGGCCUAGCUCACAGUGGAAGCAUGGUGGAAUAAAUGCUGGAAAGUGUCUCAAAACUCAUCUAGUGAUUCAGGACUACUACGGCAUUGCUGAUAGGUAGCCAUCCAGCCUCCACUUAAAAACUUCGAGUGAGGGACAAUCCACUGCCUUCUGAGGCAGUCUGUUUCUCUGUCCAUUACCACUAGGAAGCUCCUCCUAAUGUUUAGACUUGAGUCCUUCUCCCCUUUGUAGUUUCAACACUUUGGUUCAGGUAAGUACCCUCUAGAGCAACACAAACCAAAUUUACAACCGUCCUUCAAAUAUUUGAAGAUGUUUUUCCUGUUUCGGGGAGCAUUUAAUAUUUGACCCCCCCUAUUCCCCCCCCCCCUGUAUUUUGUGGGAAGCUUCCUAGAGUGGCUGGGGUCACCCAGUUAGAUGGGCAGGAGUCAGUGAGAGUUGUGACCUGGGAAGAUUUCUGAGGGCUGGUUAGAGACACCGGGAGUAUUCUUGUUUGGCCGCCAGGCCUGAAGCUUCUGCCGUUGACGUUCACAUGUGGAGGCAUGUGUUACCUGUGACUUUUACAUGUUGUUUGCUGUUCUGACCCCUGCACAAUCCCUUUUCGAUGACAUAAAAUGAUUUUGGAAGGCACAAAUUUGUGUGUGUGUGUAUGUAUAAAUAAAAUCUGUCGGUAACCAGUAGAGAAGAUGAUAAGAAUACAGAGCACAUAAAACAAUAAAAUACGUUAAGUAUGCUCUUAAAUGUAGAGUUAAAAGCAAUGUAAAAUAUUGCACACUUGUUUAAUGUUUAAAACCUCAAAGUCUGCAAUUGUGAGAGUGAGUUAGCAUGCAUGCAUUGGAAAUGCGAAAAGAUUAUUUUGAGGCCGGUGAGGAAAAUGAGAAGUGAUGAAACAGAAUGUGCUUGCAGCCUAGUCUCCACCUACAGCUAUCCAGAUUCGUAUCAGCAUGUUGAAGGUGAAAGACUCUCUGUUUUACUCUCAGUCCCAAAGAGCCAUUUUGUUCUACAUAAUCUCUCCUCUCUUUCCCUCUCUCGUUUGCAGCAAUGUACACCAGCAAACACACCAAAUUGCUUACUCACCAACUUGGUUUCUCUAUGAUUCGUAUAUUGUGGAAAAAGAUGGCUAGUUUAGUGUAGAGGGUGAUGUCUGGUUUCAGGGUGAUGCUGGGCAUGUUUGAAAGGAACAAAACUUAGGGUUGAGUGUGCAUAGCAUCACCCGUGAACCUGGCAGUGGGGCAUGAACAUACAACCUUAGCACGUCAAGGGGCUCUAGCCUACGAAUACACAAUGCCCAGGCAUUUUUAUGAGCUGUAUUCUUGAUUGUUUAAUCCACUCUGCUAUUGAUUGCUUUUGCUGCCUUAAUUUGUUGUGUUGGAUUCCCCCCCCCCCCCGCAUGGUCAUUUUAUUUGUUGCACUGAUCAGGGGUCCCUUUACCUUUACCCUUAUGCUGAACGGAAAACGAGUUAUAAUAUUUUUAAUAAGAUGUUGUUGGUGUACUCAUAUUGUAUGUGUGAGUGCUAGCAACCUGGUUCGUGCAUGCCUUCUGUGCUGAUUCCAUGUACUUGACAGGUGUGUUUGGUUUUUAACAUGACCAGUGUCACAUUUAAAGCAAUCCUAAGGGCAUGCACUGGGCAGGCACCAGAUAAAAUUUUACAGUGAACUAACUAGGUGACUUUAGGAAAGCUCCUCUCUCUCAACACAUAUUCUUCCAUCCACAAGACAGGACUAAUAUUAGUUCAGUUCAUUAUAGGGGUACUGACAAUGUUUAUGUACAUGAAGCUCCUUGAAUAUUUGGCGUAAUCUUCACCCUUUUAAAUAUUCAAGGAGCUUCAUGUACAUAAUCUUCACCCUUUUAUUUUUUUUUAUAAAAUAUAUUUAUUAGUAGUUUCAAAGUUAUAAAGAAAAAAGAAAAAUUAAAAACAACACUAUAAUACAUAGAAAAAAAAGAAACAAUACAACAAAAAAAUAAAAAGAAAAAUGGAAAACAAAAGAAAAAAGAAAACAACAUAGAUCCCAAAUUACAUAUCUAUAACUUCCAUUUGCUUGUUUCAUUGACCUCCUCACACCUCCCUUUUUGUAUUCUAGUUUAAUUAGUUAUUUCAGCAAAUUCUUUCCAUCUUUCUCAAUUUUUGUUAAAAAAAUUAUCUUGUCAGUUUAACUUAAUAAUUAGCUCAGCAAAUCCUUACCAUCUUUCCCCAUAUUCUAUUAUUCAAAAUACCUUAAUUUAUUUAACCUUAUCUUACCCUAAAAUACCUUAAAGCUUAAAUCUUAGUUUUCAAAUAUACAUAACUCCUGAUAUCAUUUCUGCUAGAGUCAUAUAGUUUCAUUCCAACAUUUUCCCUAAUAUUCAUUAAUUUUUAGCUAAUUCCCUAAAUAAAAAGUUUCCUUUAUAAAUUUUAUUCCAAUCUUCAUCCAACGUCUCAUCUUCCUGGUCUCGGAUCAUGUCAGUCCUUACUGUCCAAUCCAUCUAGUCCAUCAACCUGGAAGCCUUAUGUCCGAGGCCCUUAAGUCUCUUCCAUGUCCCUUCUGCAUUUCUUCUUCUUCUUGUUUAUACUUGCCCUUUUCCUUGUCUUUUGUUGGUCUCUUUCUUAAUUCCUUUCCUUUCUCAUUGAGGAGUAGUUCUCUGGGGGGUUCCAACCCAGAAUUGUCUCCAUCUCCCUUCAUCAAACCCACCCAUUCCCCAAAGUCCCACUCCCCACAGUCCUCAAUAGAAUCCAAAAAGUAUUUAAAAACAUAUUUCAAGGUCUCUCCAAAGUUAGGAACCUCCUCAGCACCAGACUCCCCCUGGCCCAUUCCAACUUCAAUCUUCAAUGACAGCGGCUUAUGCUCCUGUAGGGCCUCGGGUCUCUCCAUUUGUAUUAUUUGAGGCGCAACCGCAUCCUCCUCCAUUAUCUUCUGUUCUUGCCCAGUCAGUACAGAUUCAUGAGUUGGUCCCUGAAUAAUUUCUGUAUCAAUGUUCCCUGUUUGUCCACAGUUAUUAACCAGAACAGUCAAAUCCAUUUUUUCAUUCAUCAAGUCCAUCUUCUCAUGCAUCUGUUCCAACAGGGCACUUGUUUUGCAUAAGGCAAGCACCCAAUACAAGAGGACUUCCGGGUCAGCGCCAUCGGUGAAUGGCGGAGUUCCUCCGACCGGAGGAACUAGCUCCGUGAAAACUGGGUCUUCCCGCCACGGCGAAGGCGGGGACCCGCUAGAAAUCCCAGGCGGAGGAAGCCUGGGAACGUGGGGUUUGGCAGGGCACCAGAAGCGCCCCCCCUACUCACCGGGAACCCCUUUUUGGGGCGCCGGUUCGAAGCGGGGUGAGCGGCGCGGUGCUGCGAACUGAUUGCUACUUUCACGGAGUGAAGCCGCACAGCCAUUGCCAGAGAGCGCUGACUUUUUCCUGUGGACAAUUGGAUUUAAAACAAGUACCCGUGAGUAGAAACGGAAAAUUGGAUUAAGAAAUAUCUUAAUUUGGUAUCGAAGCAGGAAGGUUCAGAACAGGAAGUCCGCCUUCCGCUUUUUGUAUAUAGACUAAAGCAAAAACUUCGUAAGCUAAAGCCUGGAAAGCUGUCAAAAAAGUCUAAAUUUCCUUCAUUCAGAACUACUGAAACCCCCUUGGAAGCAGGAGAAAAGGGGGGGGGGAUUCUGUUUAACCCCUGCAGGAGAGGGAGUGAGAAGGAUGAGUUUCCACCGUCUCUAACCUGGGAACGGGGUGUCAGAGACAGAAAUUGUAGGUUCAUUGACUGUGAAUGGAAUAUUUUGACAGAUAGUUAAAGAAGAGAAACAAGCAUAAUCUUCACCCUUUUAAAGGGGGCGCAGGUGGCGCUGUGGUCUAAACCACUGAGCCUAGGGCUUCCCGAUCAGAAGGUCAGCGAAUGGAAUCCCUGCGAUGGGGUAAGCUCCUGUUGCUCAGUCCCAGCUCCUGCCAACCUAGCAGUUCGAAAGCACUUCAAAGUGCAAGUAGAUAAAUAAGUGGCUUAGUCAUGCUGGCCACAUGACCCGGAUAAACUGUCUGUGGGCUCCCUCGGCCAGUAAAGCAAGAUGAGCGCCGUGACUGGACUUAACUGUCAGGGGUCCUUUAUCUCCCCCCCCCGCCCCUUUUAAGACUGGGGCACUGGAUCAGUCUUAAUUUUCUGCUUUAUGGGUUGUAUUCACUGUUGCCCGUGUGUGUUAUUUUGUUGGCAUCCAUCUGUCUCGAAAGACAAUGGAGUGUGCCUCCGGGGGUGAAGUCAAACCGCUGGAGAAUCAGAGUGCCGUAUAUAACUAUCAUCCAUUCUAGCUAGUAUUAUUGACAGGUUUCUUUUGGCUCAUAAGCUACUGGAAAAAGGAGUUUUAGGAUGAAAUCUUGUAUAAACUAAUGCUGUCAGAGUAAAUAAAAAGGGGUUCGGGGAAAUCAAGGAAUAUAAUAAUUCCAACUAUUCCUUUGAAAUGACAAAGUGCCCACUUCUUAUUUUAGCCCAUGAAUCUAGAUUUGCCAAGUUCUAAAUUAGGAUGCGGCAAUAUUUAUUCAGCAAGGCAUAAAUCUCAUUUUACACAUCAUUCGAACUGCCUUAUAAUUUAAUAGGCUACAAAUUUUACUGGGCCUUGUUAAAAAAAACAAAUCAGAAGUGGGUAUCUGGCUUAAAGCCUGUUUUCCAUCUGUCUGUAUUUAUAGAAUUAUGCAUGUUUUUAACAUGAAAAAUGUGAGGUCUGUAGUUACAGAGGCAAAGCAAAUUAAGUCAUUUAGUUGUUAAAACAGGUCAAUGUGAAUACCACAAAUCCUUUUCAUCCUGUAAAUACUAGCAAAAUGCCUGUCGCUAUGAUGGGCUUGAAGAGAAGCAAAAUUAGAAAGAGCUUGAACAUCAACAGUGUCUGAGAGCAAGGGGACGGUAUUUCAACUAUGUCCCACAUUGCAAGCUCCCGUCGAAUUUAGCGUCUCCAGUGGGAGCCACUAAGAACUAAGUGCUCACCGACAUCAGUAGCCAUAUAUGCUGGGUUCCCUUUCUUAGUUACACUAGAACACGGGUGCAGAACAUUUUUCAGCCCAAGGAUAUUUAUCAGGGCCUUGUGGGCCAGGGCAACACACCACUGUGAACAACAGUGAAUGUAGAUUUUACAUUUGUACAGUAGGCUGUUUUAUAGACAAGGCCCUUAAACACUCCUGUCUGGCUCCAUCUGGGCAAGGAAGAGUAAUCACCAGAGUUCAAGGUCAUAUUGCAGCUAGGCAAAAGCACCCGAGAAGCCUGUGACUGAUGAGGGAGAUUCUCAGGGGCCGCAUAGAGGAGUUCCUCACUCCUGUGCUAGUCUGUGACAAUGAGAGGGAACCCAGGAAGCAGUGGUUUUAUAUACAGCGGGGUGGAGACCCUGGUAUUGUCCAGCUGUUGUUGCACUGUGCCUCCUAUUCUCCCUUACCACUGGCUGCACAAAGGGUGGGGCUGAUGGGAGUUGUAGUCCAGCAACAACUAGGUAGUGUCAAGUUAGGAGAAGCUGCCAUAAAAUGGCUGUCAUAUUGAAAACCACAUUGCUUUCAAUGAGAACUAUUUUCCGGAGCUUUAGUCAAAUGGAGCCAAGUCCUGAUUCUCUAGCUUCAUGUGAUGUUCUUCGAGCCUUCGACUGAAGCUGCUUUGUUUUUGUUCGUUCUUUGUUUUUAUUCGUUACCAAACAAUACUUCCUCUCCGGUGACUCUUUCUGCAUUUUCAGAUCAACUUGCCUGCUGACUCAGCAGCCUUUUGUUUUAUAAAACGUGAAUCUUGAAAUAUUAAUCCUAUGUGUUUUGAUGGUUUAUGUUAGGCCAGGCAUAGAGAGCUGGUUCUAUUUGCGGAAACUGGCCUUCGCUCCUGAAAGGUUUGGAUAUUCUAGACUGGUAUUCUUUAUAAUGUACUGGUGACUGACAAAACAAUGGGUGGUAUGUGAAUAUAGAAAGGGUGGAGGAUUCUUCCAAAAUCAGGCUUGAAUCCCAACUUAAGGUAACUUAACAAUUCUCACAGGAGAAAAUCCCCUCCAAUACCCAUCCUAUGUCCAAUACCCAUCCCACUGAACUUUCAAAGUGCCUUAAGGUACACAGAUAGGUUCAUGAUGGAAGGAAGACUGGGUUAACUUGUCAUGGAACCCUUUGCUGAAUUUUAAAAAUAAAAUAAAAUCCAAAGGCUUUAGAGGGACUGCAUAUCUUUAAUAUGUAUUCUGUCACCAUACUUUACUGUGUCUCAUUAACUUUUUGUUUUUAAACGCAAAUAUAGGUUGUGCUCCUUUGUUUCUUUUAUUUUUACGUUUUCAUUUAUUUUCUCAAAUUACAGUGAUUGACUCUGUAACACGAAUCAGCUAUACCUUCAAGCGUUUUGCCCAAAUAUUUGUCUACCAGCUGCUUUGUUUGUUCAGUGCAAUUUGCUGAAUCAGACUAUAAAUUGAGGGUGUUCCCUGGAACUAAAAGCGUGUGAACAGUCUAAAUGCAUGACUUUGAAAUGUUUAAAUUUGUGUUUCAAGGACUGUCCUCUGAGAGGGAGGGUUACAAAUUGGGAUUAGUUUUUUUCAAAAUUGCAACCAUAUUUUUACUGAAAUGAAACAAACUUGUUUACAAUAACUCCUUGGCAUGUUUUAUGUUCUUUCUGGUAGUCAAUAUUUAACCCGUGAAAGGAACGAUAGUAUGAGAUCCCAAAAUGAUUGUCAGAGGUAAUGCACAGUAUGAUCGGAUUUGAGUCCUAAUAGCCAAUGCGGCAACUCAUAGACCCAUUUUCAUCCCUAUUUAUUUUGUUGAUCAUAGAAACAUAGAAUCUUAGAGUUGGAAGGGACCCCACAGGUCAUCUAGUCCAACCCCCUGCAAUGCAGGAAUCCCAGCUAAAGCAUCCAUGACAGAUGGCCAUCCCACCUCUGUUUAAAAACCUCAAAGGAAAGAGAGUCCACCACCUUUUGUGGGAGCAAAUGUCAAUCCACUGAAAACCUGAUAGAUGUUUGCUCCAAUUCAACUGUUAAAGAGCGGGUUUCCCCAGGGGAAAUCGGCAGGACAAGUGGAAGUGUGUACAAGCCCUGAGUGGGCACUGAGGGAGGAGAGGUCUCAUUCCCUCACUGCAGUGAUAGGGAACCUGUGGCCUUUCAAUAUUUCUGCACUCCAGUCUCCAUCAUCCCCUAACUAGCAGCAUCCUACAACAGCCCAUUGAUGUCAGUGUAUCAUCCAGGUAUAAUAAUAAUAAUAAUAAUAAUAAUUUAUUAUUUGUACCCCGCCCAUCUGGCUGGGUUUCCCCAGCAGGUAUGCAUCUGGCCAGUCAGUAGCUAUGCACCUGUGUGGUGCUGACGGAUCUGAUUUCUGCUGCAGCUGCCACCUUGUGUCUCCCGUUCCUCUUAGCUGUUGUGCAGGGGAAAUGGCCAAGUAGAGCCUCUGCUCCAAACCUCCCUAAUUUAAUAAUGACAAUUUGAUGGUUUAUUAUGCUUUUAUAUUCGCUGGAAGCUGCCCAGAGUGGCUGGGGCAACCGAGUCAGGUGGGCAGAGUGCAAAUAAGAUAACAAUAAGGACAACAACAACAACAACAACAUUGUAUAAGAGGCCCUGCAAAAAGCAUGUUCACAAAAGCGGAGCAGUUCUGCAGUAACAAUCUAAUGUGGAAGCACCCUUAAAUUAUUGGCACUCGGAAAAUUGAAAUAUCGUUAGAACUUGACUGCCCUGACAUUAUUUUCCUUCCUUUAAUUGAAUGCCUCUAUCUUUAGCUCGACUUUAAUGCUAGGCAGCAGACAAUUAAAAAAUUUGCAUACAUUUAAAUGUAUUAUGCAAGCCAGCAAUGACAAUGCUUUAAAAAAUAAUUGGUAAGCCUUCAUGGGCUCGCAUUACACCUGUAUUGCUUUGUGACAGAGUAGACGUGUAGAGCUCCUUGGACCUCCAGGACAUCUGAGGAAGCAAAGCAUACACGUUGUCCCAUGUGCGCUACAGAACAUGCAUGCCACCCUGCUCCUAGCAUAGACAGGAGGAGAUGGACAGGCCAUGGAAUCAUUGGAUUGUGACCAGGCUCUGCUGAUUGAAAUGAAGGCUGGCUGUGUAAACUGAUGCCAGAAAGCUGAAGCAAAAUGAAUAUGUCUUGGCUGGGUCAGGGAUAUAUCUAGACUUUCUGGAACUCUUAUAUGCUCCUGCUCUUCUUUGUAUGUUCAGAGCAGAGCAAAACAUUGGUUUAGAGAAUAGGCUGGCAGUUUAAUGGUAUUUACCCCCAAUAAUUUUCAGCCUUUAAACCUUAUCUCAGUGCAAAAACCUUUCUGUUCUUCCUUGCCUUUUAAAACCUCUUUCCAGAGUUUUGGAGCAGUAUUGGAUAUGGGCACCCCUGCUUCCAGUUCGGAGAUGUAAAGUCCUGGGGAGUGGGAAUGGUGGAAAAGUGUGCCCUGCCCCAUGUUCUUUUCUGUCACUCUAUUUCUUAUUAUUUAUUAAAUUUGUAUACAGUGGUACCUCGAGUUACAAAUGCCUCAGGUUACAAACGCCUCAGGUUACAGACUCUGCUAAUGAAAUAUACUCGGAGUUUGUAGUGAUUUCAUGCUCUUUAUUGCAGCUUGUAAAACAGUGAUUGAAUUGCCCCCCAAACCUCAGGCUUUUAUAUACAUUAUUUAUACAAUGAGUCCCGUCUGAUUGGCUGAUUCUACUUCCCUCCUGGAGCCUGAUUAGUCUUUUCCUGCAGGCCAAUCAGUUCAUAGAAUCAUAGAAUCAUAGAGUUGGAAGAGACCACAAGGGCCAUCGAGUUCAACCCCCUGCCAAGCAGGAAACACCAUCAGAGCACUCCUGACAUAUGGUUGUCAAGCCUCUGCUUAAAGACCUCCAAAGAAGGAGACUCCACCACACUCCUUGGCAGCAAAUUCCACUGUCGAACAGCUCUUACUGUCAGGAAGUUCUUCCUAAUGUUUAGGUGGAAUCUUCUUUCUUGUAGUUUGGAUCCAUUGCUCCGUGUCCGCUUCUCUGGAGCAGCAGAAAACAACCUUUCUCCCUCCUCUAUGUGACAUCCUUUUAUAUAUUUGAACAUGGCUAUCAUAUCACCCCUUAACGUCCUCUUCUCCAGGCUAAACAUGCCCAGCUCCCUUAGCCGUUCCUCAUAAGGCAUCGUUUCCAGGCCUUUGACCAUUUUGGUUGCCCUCCUCUGGACACGUUCCAGUUUGUCAGUGUCCUUCUUGAACUGUGGUGCCCAGAACUGGACACAGUACACCAGGUGAGGUCUGACCAGAGCAGAAUACAGUGGCACUAUUACUUCCCUUGAUCUAGAUGCUAUACUCCUAUUGAUGCAGCCCAGAAUUGCAUUGGCUUUUUUAGCUGCUGCGUCACACUGUUGGCUCAUGUCAAGUUUGUGGUCAAUCAAGACUCCUAGAUCCUUUUCACAUGUACUGCUCUCAAGCCAGGUGUCCCCCAUCUUGUAUUUGUGCCUCUCAUUUUUUUGCCCAAGUGCAAUAUUUUACAUUUCUCCCUGUUAAAAUUCAUCUUGUUUGUUUUUGCCCAGUUCUCUAAUCUGUCAAGGUCGUUUUGAAGUGUGAUCCUGUCCUCUGGGGUGUUAGCCACCCUCCCAGUUUGGUGUCAUCUGCAAAUUUGAUCAGGAUGCCCUUGAGUCCAUCAUCCAAGUCGUUGAUAAAGAUGUUGAAUAAGACCGGGCCCAAGACAGAACCCUGUGGCACCCCACUAGUCACUCUUCUCCAGGAUGAAGAGGAACCAUUGAUGAGCACCCUUUGGGUUCGGUCAGUCAGCCAGUUACAAAUCCACUGAGUGGUAGCAUAGUCAAGACCGCAUUUUACCAGCUUCUUUACAAGAAUAUCAUGGGGCACCUUGUCAAAUGCCUUGCUGAAAUCAAGGUAGGCUACAUCCACUGCAUUCCCUUCAUCUACCAGGCUUGUAAUUCUGUCAAAAACGAGAUCAGGUUAGUCUGACAUGACUUAUUUUUCAGAAAUCCAUGCUGACUAUUGGUGAUCACAGCAUUCCUUUCUAGGUGCUCACAGACUGUUUGCUUAAUGAUCUGCUCCAGAAUCUUCCCUGGUAUUGAUGUCAGACUGACUGGGCGGUAAUUAUUUGGGUCCUCUCUUUUCCCCUUUUUGAAAAUAGGGACAACAUUUGCCCUCCUCCAGUCUGCCGGGACUUCGCCUGUUCUCCAGGAAUUCUCAAAGAUGACUGCCAGUGGUUCUGAGAUCACAGUUGUUGCAUUCUACAAUCCUACCAGCCUAAUAGGCUGAUUAACUUCUUCCUGGAGCCUGAUUGGUCUUCUCCUGGAAGCCAAUCAGUUGUUGCAUUCUACGAUCCUACUUGCCUGUUGUUCUAGGACCCAAGCUUAGUACAUAACAGCUAACCUGGAAGAGUUACCUCACGUUGAGAACUUUGACCCAGGAUGAGAACGGAAAUUGUGGGCCGGCGGCAGCAGCAGCAGGAGGCCCCAAUAGCGAAAGCACGCCUCUAGUUAAGAACAGUUGCAGGUUAAGAACAGACCUCUGGAAUGAAUUAAGUUCGUAACUAGAGGUACCACUGUACUGCCCUUUGCCCUCAGGUCUCAGGGCAGUUGUUUCAGUGGCGGAGCUUCAUGCUCCAGCACCGGGGGGCGGAGGGCAGGCAGGGGCUGGCGUGUGUCCUGGGGGCGUGGCACACCACCUGCGGAGGCAUAGCACCCAGUGCGUGGGGAAGGGGCAGCCGCAAUGGCACCCCACCGGGAUCGUGCUGCCGGAGCCGGUGUGCUUCCCCCACACUCCUCUUCCUCCGCCAGUGAGUUGUUUCCUUCCACCCCCCAAUUCCCUGCAAAGAAAACCCAACCCCCCCCCCCGGGCUAUUUAGAUCUCUCCAUAGCAAUGAAAUUUCAUGGUCAGCUAUGAGCAAAUCAUUGUUUCCAGAUGUAAUAAUCCCAGCCUGAUAAACCAUGGUUUACUGGACCAGCAGUGAGCUGGCGCCCACAUACUUCUUCCUUGUGUCUUUUACUCCAUCCUCUCCUCAUGCACCCACCUUUAGCAAUGGCUGUCUUGGUUUUUGAAAUCAGUUUCCCGAGAUGUCUGAAUCGGGAAACUGGUUUAAGAGUUCCCUCCAAACUAGAAUAUGAAGCAAGGAUCAGGUCCUGGCCUAUUGUGUGUUGCUGAGUUGCCCAGGAGGAUAAUUGGAGAUAAAAGAGGAGGUAAGAAAAUUAUGUGAUUGCUGUACAAGCAGAAACAGCUUUUUUCCCUAAAAACGUUGGUUUAUAAAAUAAAGCCUGCUAAGUUUGUGAGCUUCUGAGCAGAAUGCAAUUCACCAGCCAUGUAUGGUGAUCUCUCAAAUCUUGUGGGACUGCUACUCCCAUCAUCCCUGACCAAUGAUCAUGCUGGCUAGAGAUAAUGGGGAUUGGAUUACAACCACAUCUGGACUGGGGGAGGCUGUUUUACUGUCUUCCAGGGUCGACAAAAACGGGGUUUCCAAGUACCUGAUUGUAUGGCUGCUGUUGGGCAAAGUUGUGUAAGUCCCCUCCCCAUAGUACUGUAAAAUACCAUAAUCAGGAUCUAGGUGGAUUGGUGGAAAUGUUUUUAUACAAUAGAUGACCUUCUGUGGACUAUAAGUAGCCUGCUGUAAAUUGCUUACUGUCAGGAACCACAACCAUUAUUUAUGUCCAUUUAAUCAUUAAUGAGAUUUAAGGUGACACAUCAAGUCAUAAAACUCUGCUCUUUGACCAUCCAAUAUUUUCUUACCGAGGAAAAGUUCUGAACUGCACCAGUUUCCAGUGGGGUAGCUGUGUUGUUAUUAUGUUCUUUACUCUUUUACUACUUACAAUGCAUGCUUAUUACAACUUUUAGAACCAGGAUUCUAAGUAUAUUGCUAGUGAUUUACUGGAGGUGAUUUUCUGUAGGUGUAACAUCUGAAUGUUCUUUAUGCUUACAAAAAAAAAAUACUAGAUUUCACUUUCUGAUUUACAGUUUCUGAUUUACAAGAUGUUUGCUGCAGCUUUCCAGAGAUUACAGAACUGCAUUUUUUUAAUUAAAGACUUGCAGAUGGCCUCAGUAGGUUUGUUGCUCAGGUUCACAUUUAAGGGAGUUAGAUGUGUACCAAAACAUUUUUUAGUUGUGUUUGUGUUCAGAUAUGUGUGUGUUAAUUAUUUAUGUCUUUUAAAAGCAUUCGUGCUUUUCAUGCACCUGGUCAUAACAACGUUGUUAAAAACCAACAAAAAGAAUAAUUCAAACCAUGAUUAAAUUCAAACAAGGAAAAACAAACCAAUUCACACCAGAAAGCAGUGACAGCAGAAAAAGAUUCCAGCUAGGUGGAAAGGUGGCAGAAUGAGAUGGCCUUUUAUCUAAGAGACAGAAACAUAAGGCACCAGCUCUGUAACCAGGGUAGGGCAAAUGGGUUCACAACCCCCCUAGAUUUGUGCUUCAUCCACCUGUCUCUCCAGAAAUUUCGGAAAGUUGUCUUAAUUUGUGGCAUGACAGCCUAUGGCAGCCUCCAUUUACAGAAUAACAGCUUGUUAUAAGGACAGGAGAAAUUUAAGAAUAGGACCCUCUAAAAAUUCAGGCAAGGUCUCAGAAGUCUCAUCUGCAAGAGCCCCCCAAAGUCUGCUUACUCAAGACUUUUCCCCAACUGAGGGUGGAUUUUUCAUGAUCACAAUCACUCUGCAGUCACUUAAGCCAGGGGUUGAAAAACAGACUCGGGAAUUCCUUCCUUUUUAAAAAGUAGAUCCCUAGACUUCCUAGUGAGAAAGUUAUGGGGUAACACACAUAGGUACUUUAUAAAUGUUUUCUGUCAUUUCACAGUAAGGUAUUUUGCACUUUGUAUAUUUUUCCUGGUACUGAGGAAAGCUUCAAGUUAGAAAGCAGGAACAUCAGUGUGUGUGUGUGUGUGUGUGUGUGUGUGUGUGAAACAUGAUUGUGUGAUUUCCACAAUCAGGACCAGCAGGACAUUGCUGACUUUCUAUGGUAAGAAUAAGGGUGUCAGAGGUGGCUGUCUCUCUAAUUCUAUGUUAUGCUGUGCUUCCCAUGUCAGUCGUUCUUGUGUUAUGUCAUGAUCCCCACCAUAGCAGCUAUUUUGUGGGCGGUGCACCUAGCACUUUGUCAAAUAAAGUGAAAUAAAGACAGAACUUAAAGUGAUCUGAAGAAACAUCUUCCCUAAGUUACCUUCUUAAAAUACUGGACUCAUGAUCAUAGUGGCUAUUUCCCCCUUUUUUUUUUCUUGAGUGCUUGAUGGCAAAGGAUGAAACCAGCCGUAGAGGAAUACAGUGGUACCUUGGUUCUCAAAUGCCUUGGAACGCAAACAACUUGGAACCCAAACACUGAAAACCCGGAAGUAAGUGUUCCGGUUUGCAAACUUUUUUUGGAAGCCGAAUGUGCUCCGAUUUGAGUGUUACGCUUCUGUUCUGAAUGUGAUGCUGACAAUUUGAGUGCCACACUUCCGUUUUGAGUGCCACACUUCCAUUUGAGUGUUACGCUGAGGUCUGUCUGUUUUUACUAAUUAUUUUGUGUUUUCAUUUUUGCGGCUAUUUUUGUUUUGUUUUUGUGACUGUGUGGAACCCAGUUCAGCUACUGAUUGAUUGAUUGAUUGAUUGUGUGACUGCAGUGCAUUGUUUAUUGCUUUCAUUUUAUGGAUCAAUGGUCUCGAUAGAUAGUAAAAUUCAUGUUAAAUUGCUGUUUUGGUGGUUGUUUUUAAAAGUCUGGAAUGGAUCAAUCCAUUUUGCGUUUUACUUUCUAUGGGAAAGCACGCCUUAGUUUUGGAACACUUUGGUUUUGGAACGGACUUCUGGAAUGGAUUAAGUUUAAGAACCAAGGUACCACUGUAGAAUCUGUCAGCUGCAGAGACUUUCAGUGACCCAUAAGGGUUUAGCAAAUUUGGUUUUUCUUUCAUUUGACCCAUGACUUGGGUGUUUGUGUGGAUUUGCUGCCUCCAUUGGGCUGGGCCCUGUGUGGCACUGCCCCAGAAGAGACUCUAACCCAAAUGUCUAUGAAGUUGGGAGCAUGCAGAGUCGGGUCUCCAGUAAAGAUCUUAAGUUAGGGAUGGGGAACCUGUGGUCCUCCAGAUGUUGUGGACUGUAACUCCCAUCAGCUUCAACCACCAUGACCAGGGGUCAGGGAUGAUGUGAAUUGUACUCCCAACAUCUGCAGGGCCAUACCUUCCUCAUCCCUUUGGUACUUAACUAGCAGCAAUGGGUAAUCUUCAGCUACUUAUGUAUGAUGGUAGCUGCUUCUCAUACAUUCAUAUGAAUAUACCUCCACGGGAUGUGACAUUUUGUGUGUGGAAGCUCCUCACAUCAGCUGCAGUGGUUUUGUUCAUGCUACUGAAGAUGUUCUUUUUCAGGGCUUGAUAAAGUCCGUAAUGCAUUAACAACUCAUAGUGAGUUUAUAAUCCAUACGCAAGGACUGUGUGUGUGUGUUUGUGUGUGUGUGUGUACGCGCACAUUCACAAUGUUGUUAUGGUUGCCAUGGCACCAGAGAACCAGUUUCCUCUUGUAUUAAUUGGCAUUUGUGCCUUGGUAAUUUUAUUUAUUUAAUUUAAGAGUAUUUAUUUGUUGCUACGCUGAGGAGCCAUGUCAGAUCACUGCACAAAGUGGGUCCUUAUCGGAUAUGUGACAAAACUUGUAGGAUUGAAGUAGACCGUGCCUGUGAAAUUUGUGACCUGCUAACCACACAGAGGCCACCAGCCAUGUUUGAUGGCUUGCUGGGAAACUGUUUCACUAGUCCUAAGCAGAAAGCAACAGCUUGUAUUGUGAGCUCAGAAUGCCUUGAUGCAAAGGCACACAUGUACUACAACCUAGGUGGCAUCGUCGAAGGCUAGAAAUCGGUGCACAAGGCUUGCAGGAGAAGAAACACGCUGGUGUAUGUUUUGGUGUUUGGAGGUACAACCCCUAUAAUUAUUUUGCUGGGUCUAAGUUCCACUGAAACUAGUGGACAUGGUUUUGAGUAGAUGCAUCUAGAAUUGCAUUGCUCAUUUUUAGUCAUGAGCUUAUGUUUCACGUUGUUGCAUCAGAACAGUUGUGAACUACCUUAGGUGCAGUAAUUGAAGCCAAGGCCAAUGUUACUCGAGUGGGCCGUCCACAUACCUACACACAUGCAAUGCAUACACAUUGUUUUAUCUGUGUGCCACUUUUCCACAGUUUAACACCAUGCUCAAGGAGGUUCGCAACAUGAAAAAAUACAUAAUUACAGCAUAACAAAAAUAGUCAUAAAGAAUAACUAAAACAUAAAAAAUGCACAACAAAACUGAACAAUUUACAUAUAAAUCAUAAAAAGAUCUGUUGAAGAAUCCUUGCAAGGGAAUUCUUUUUUUUUUUAUUUAUGAACAUCUUUGAGUAAGCAAGCAAGAAGCUCUGGUUUUUAACUCAACUCUGCAAACAAAUUACUCGUUAGUCAAUUGUGGCCUGGAAGCAGUUUUUGUAAAGCUUCCCUUACUAGUGACCAGGUAAAUAGACACUUCACAAGCCUGAAUUAAUCCAUGUGCCAGAAUCCAGUAUAUCCCAGUGAAAUCAUUGGUGAGUAAACACUCCAGAACUCUCUGCUGGAUCAUAACCUAAGGGUCUGACCACUAUGUUUGAAUAAUAAUAAAAAUGUAGAAGAGAUACUAUGAUCCCUUUCUGAUGUGGGCCAUUUUGAGCAUAUUUAAUGACAGCAACAGCCUCCUAGCUAAAACAACACAGACAAAUUAUGGCAGGGGCCAUUUUGAGGAUAUGUAAUGAUGGCAACAUCAGUUCUUUUGCUAAACAAUUCAGACAAAUAAUUUAUCACUUGGAACAGCAUUUAAAAAGAUGUUGCCAAGAUCACAGGAUGCACACAGAUUGUUUAUGCCUGUACUCUAAUCAUGGAGCAUUUGGCAGGGUACAGCCUCAACUAAAAAUACACAUUUUCAAUCUGAUUAAUUCAUUAAUUAAGACUUUAAGCCUGUUCAUAACUAAUUGCAGUUGAAGCGCCAUGUGGAUCUGAUUAUUUUCUCCACACCACAUUCCCGCGCCUCCAAUCUCACGACAUGGAGAAAAUAGCCCAAUUAGUGUGAUGAACAGCUGCACGUGAACCGUCUGAUGUGUGAAGGCAUCCGUUGGAAGGAGCAAUUUGGAGUGGCUUCUGUGUGUGUGUGUUGUUCCAUGAAGAAAAGCUGUUAUAGUGGUUCAGAUGCUUCUCCCCACCCCGCCGUCCCAAAAUUGGGCUUCAAAUCUGGCUGGGAUCUUUCGGAGUUGCAUGUAGCAGCCUCUCAUCAUGCCUCUUGGGAUUUGUCUCAUUGGGGCAUCUUUAAAAGGCCUUCCAUGGUUGCAUAAAUUGCAGUGGUCAAAUAUGAACCCCCCGUGGGGAGACACACCUCCAUACAACCUAUGCCUGCCAGCAAUUCAGCACCUGGACAAGGUGAUGCAGGUGGGAUAUAAUGUUGUAUGUGGACAUGGCCCUGGCACUCGCUCUUCAAGGGGUCAUAAUUUUAUCAGCCUCAGUUCCUCAUUUGCAAAAUGGGGAUAACAGCAGCCGACCUAAUUUGACUAUUGCCAGAAAAGCCCAUUAAGAACUCUGUGAAUACAGUGGUACCUCGGGUUAAGAACUUAAUUCGUUCUGGAGGUCCAUUCUUAACCUGAAACUGUUCUUAACCUGAGGUACCACUUUAGCUAAUGGGGCCCCCAGCUGCCGCUGCGCGAUUUGUGUUCUCAUCCUGAAGCAAAGUUCUUAACCUGAGGUAUUAUUUCUGGGUUAGCGGAGUCUGUAACCUGAAGUGUGUGUAACCUGAAGCAUCUAACCUGAGGUACCACUGUAAUAUUUUUUCUGGUUGAGUAGCAGCUCCCACCAUUCCUGACCGCUGGCCAUGCUGACUGGGGCUGCUGGGAGUUGGGAGUCCAGCAACUUCUGAAGGGCAACAGGUUCCCGAUCUCUAUAUUAUGAUUUAGCAAUGCUCAACAAUCAUCCUUUUUUUUUUUUUGCAGUAGCAGCUUGGUAGGUUGCAUAGUGAGAUCAAAUAUCAAAUUCCUACUUGGGAUGAACUUUCCUGGUGACCUUUGACAACACGCUUGAUCCACCUACCUCACAGACUUGUGGAGUGGAUAUAAGCCACUUGUUGCUUCUCUGUGGCUGGAAGGGUGAAAUAGCAAUUUGGUUAUCAAGGCAAGACCGACUGGUGAGAGUGUCAGGGUUGGUGCAAGCUGAGCAUGGGCUGGAAAGUGAUGGCAAAUUUGUUAUACUACCCUCAUUUGUCCCGUGGUGCGAGCAGAACAACUUGCUUUACAUGAACAACUGGUUAUAUCAACCCUAUAAAUGUUUGUUUGUUUGUUUGUUGUGUUAGCUUUGAGCCUCGCCUUUUCAUAUUAAACAUCCAAGAUGGCAAACGACAAAGCUAAAUAGUUGCAGAAUAAAAUCAGAUUUGGAAAACAAGAACAGAUGAAAAUAGACAGAGCAUUAAAAAAAAAAAGCAGUCAACUGAAAAUGAGCAACAGAGGAAACAAAUCGCUUAAUAGCCAAAAAGCCUUUCCAUACAGGAAGUUUGGAACAGGAAGCCUGACAAUGUUAGACAGUCUCAAUCAGCGGUUCUCAACCUGUGGGUCCCCAGAUGUUGUUGGACUACAACUCCCAUCAUCCCUGAGCUCUGGCCUUGCUAGCUGGGGUUAUGGGAGUUGUAGUUCAACAACAUCUGGGGACCCACAGAUUGAGAAAGGCUGGUCGAGAUUGACUUCCCUAGUGAGCAGGUUCUGGAGCAUGAAUUAGGAACCUUCUGCCUGUAGGCAGAAUCAGCAGGCCACAGCCCUUUGCUCCUUUCUGACACACUGGCUGUGUUGAGCUCCCUUUGUGAUCAUCCCAGCAUCAAUGGUCAUUUACAUGGCACUGAAAAUACUGAGAGACCCAGGGCAGUGGAAGAUGUGGGGCUGAGCAGGAAGCAGUUGCUCCCUUCCUGCACUGCUGGCUCUCUUGGCUUUCUCACUGAGAAAGAGGAGCUGGCAGUGCCGGAUCUGUGUGCCAAGAAAUGGGCUCCCUUUCCUCAGCAUGGCUUCUUCGCUGUGCCCCAAGGAACAAGACUCCCAAGGGAAUUCACUUCAGAAUGGAGAGGUUCCUCAUCCCUGUUUUAGAGCCUAGGGAAUGUAAGAGCAUAACAAGAGCGUGCUGGAUCAGACCGGUGGCCCAUCUAGUCCAGCAUUCUCUACUCACAGUGGCUGAACAAGUUGACUAUGGUCAGCCAGCCAGCAGGAUCUGAGCAGAAAAGCACUGUCCCCCUCCUGCGGUUUUCAUCUACUAGGAAGGCGCUUCCUCUUGUCUGUCCACAACGUGCCUCACAUGUUGGCAGGAUAUAGAGAAGGGCAUCUUGUGAAGAUCUUAAAACCUAGGCAGGUUUGUAAUGAAGAAGGCAGUCUUCCAGAUAUCAGCAGUAUAGACAUUUUGUAACUGCAGCAUUAAACUGAUGGUGGGGGAAAUGUGUGUGCCCUUUUAGCGUGCCUUCUUUCCAGGAAAACGUUACAGAAAUUGCUUGGCUUUAGACCUUAAGAAUUGUGCAUCAGGAUUGUUAUUUUUAAACGGCCUUCUCUGCUUCUGUGCCAGGAUGCCUGCAGAUCUGAUAAUGAAGCUAUUUUUUUUUUUUAUGACAGAUGCAAUUUCAAACUCUGAAAACUGGGACAUAGGCAGAAAUGCCCUUUGUCUGCCCACUAACUCCUCCUGCCUUUCAAAACAGAACAAAACAUAGCAAUGAACUCUGUGUACGAAAGCGUACAGUUGGGUUUUCAGGGGACCUAGUCUGAACCAGAUAUGGUAUGUAUUUGAAUCACUUGUGGCCAGAAUAAGUUAUUUCUUUUAAUACUCCCAGGUCUUUAACUAUAUAGAAAAAGCUCUCUAUAAAUUCUUAGUGAUGGUAGAAUACUAAUUUAAGCAAUAUUUACAUUCUGCCCUGGAUGACAAAGGGCCCAUUGGACUGGAUGAGAGAAAUUAUGUGGCAGCAGUUUUAUUACUUUUAUUAAUUAAUUUCUUUUCAUUAUUUGUUACAAUUUAUAAGAACUCCUUCCUUCCAUAGAACUCAAGGUAGUUAGUGUGCAUUGUUUUCCCCUUCUCACAGCAAACCUGCAAGGUAGAAUAUGCUGAGAGUUUGUCCCAAAGUCACCCAGUGAGCUUCAUAAUAGAGAUUUAAACCUGGGUCUUGCCUGUAGGAAGUGUGACAGUUAGUUUAACCACUAUGUCACAAUUUGAGAAGGCUAAUAAAGCCCCUUUUCCUAUAGGAAACCUGGUUUUAUUUGGGCAUUUUCUUUAUAAAGUACAGUGGUACCUCGGGUUACAUACGCUUCAGGUUACAGACUCCGCUAACCCAGAAAUAGUGCUUCAGGUUAAGAACAGUUUCAGGUUAAGUACGAACCUCCGGAACGAAUUAAGUACUUAACCUGAGGUACCACUGUAUGCAUAAACAGAGAUCCAGUUCUUUUCCAGAGGCAUGUUUUCCAGAGGCAUGUUCCAGGACUGUUGCAGAUGCUUACAUAUUGCAUCUGUGAUAGCUGAUGGAAGUGUGUGUGUGUGUGUGUGUGUGUGUGUGUGUGUGUGUGGUUUUUGGAUAUUGGAAUCUGGUUACAAAACUUUCCAGAGGGAUGGCUGGUUUAGUGUCUUGCAGCAGAAACAAUACCGAGCCCUUGUGGCACUUUAAAGGCUAACAAAUUUAUUAUAGCAUAAGCUUUUGGAAACUGUAGCCCAUUUUUUUGGUUACAGCUGGGGAUAAUGGGGAUGUAGCAGGGCAGUGGGAACAAGGGAGGGGCAGUGCAUGUGAUUUCAGCUGUGUGAACCGGCACAUUGUGCAUUCACCUUCAGACAUUAGUUUAAGUAUGGUAUAAAGCAGGGGUCAGCAAACUUUUUCAGCAGGGGGCCGGUCCACUAUCCCUCAGACCUUGUGGGGAGCCGGACUAUAUUUUGGAAAAAAAAUUAAAAAAUGAACGAAUUCCUAUUCUCCACAAAUAACCCAGAGAUGCAUUUUAAAUAAAAGCACACAUUCUACUCAUGUAAAAACACGCUGAUUCCCGGCCCAUCUGCGGGCCGGAUUUAAAAGGCGAUUGGGCCGGAUCCAGCCCCUGGGCCUUAGUUUGUCUACCCAUGGUUUACCGUACUUUAAAGUGAUGUGUGAACCUGGCCUAGUACAAUGAAAUAUAACCGUGCUUUGCCUCGGUGUUAAUGUAUUUCCAUCACAGUAAAGGAACAUAUAUUAUUAAGAUUCUUUGGAACUGGUAAGUCUGGAUAGUGGUUGCAUUACCCUUUUAAUGUUUGAAACUAUCAUUGUUUAUUACUUUAUUUAUUUUAUAUACCGUUCCUUAAGGCAUCUACUUGUGUAUAAGGCCAAUUGAUGUCAUCCUUUCCAAUAAAUCCUAUUUGGUGUCCUUAUUUCCUUACGAUAUGUACUUAGGCUCACGACCUUAAUUUAAUUGCUUUUUGUGUGUGUCUUAGAUGAAUCAUUUUGGGGCAUAUGAAUACAACAUAAAAUGCUACAAAGAACAAAUUGCCUCAGAGUAAUUGAGAUUUCUGAAAACAGGAGUUGCUUCACAGAUUUAUGUGUUGUUUAUCAGAUUUAUAAUUGGACUAUGAAGCAUGGCAUGUUUAAGGAGUCUAUUAAGCAAAUGUUCGUUUGACAAGAUGGUAUGUUCUCUCACCUUAUGGUUAGAAAUAACAAUGGAAUAUAAGAACAUCAAAACGGACUUGAUGGAUCAGAGCAAAAGGACAAGUACUAGUUCACUUAGAAGUAAGUUCUGCAGUAUUCAGUGAGGCUUAUUCCCUAAUAAGUGUGAUUAUGAUUGCAGCCUUAGUCUACAAAAAAUGGAGGUGGCAUUGUUGGUCCACAGGAAGUGGACGUAGAAUCCAAAAACCACAUGGCUUUAUUAGGACCAGCCAAAAUGUCUCAAAAUCACAAGCUUUUGAUUUGACCAGAACUCAUCCAUCAGGGCAGAAGAAACUAGGUGUGAUGGUGUUAGCUCAAAACCGACAGUUUAUACAACAAUCUACAGAAUGCAGAAAGAGUUAUGUAGACACAAUUAGAUUAGCCUCACCAGCUCUAAGAGAGAUUGCAAGAUGCACCCAGGGCUACAUGGACAAAGAAACAACAAUGACCUUACUUUCCAGCUAUGGUCAGUCAGUUCCCCCCGGAAGCUCACAACCAGCCACUUGUAAGGGAUGGGGCUGGUGAUUAUUGGGAUCUCACCUGACAAUGAUGGUGGAGUUUAAGCCUUUUGACCCCGGCUAUGGUCCCGACGAAAAUCUCUCAUCUGAAGCAGCUAUUUGCAUUGGAAGGAAAUCCAUCACCAUUGUCAGUGGCAAAUGGCAACUUUUGAUGAGCAGUUUUUGUCAGGACAUGGGGCAGGGGGAGAUUUUUGAUUUUGUUAAAAACAACAACACCAUUCUCAUCUGCUGCAGUUCUAAUAACUAGCAGUUCCUCGCGGCACCUGCUGUUUUACAUUUUAAAAACAACCGUGCUUAAUUCAAAGACAGUAUUUAGCCAAUCCUCAGCGUCCAGAACACACAGUGGUGGGGAUUUUGCUCCAUAUCACUAAUGUUGAUGGUAGUGGUGGGGAAACACACUAUGUAAUGAGAUUGGCCUAGAUAUUAUGGAGGGGAAGGUGGCACAUAAGCCAAAAGACAAUCUGAACUCAUCUGUAUUCAUUAAAUGAAAAUCAGCUAACAGAGUACAUAAAAAUAAAAAACCAGCCAGGCUCUCCCUACCCAUCCUUUAAGCACUUUAUCAAACAUGCCGAACUUCCUUUUUCAACCAUAGGAAUAGCCUUGCUGAAGGCCCAUCUUGGCUAGCCUCCUGCUUCCCAUGUGGGCUAACCAGAUGCGUUCAGGAAGCCCACAAGCCACAGGCACAAAGGCGGUGGCCUGUCCCACUGUUUCCUUCAAAAACUGGUAUUUAAGUGGCAUACCUCUUCUGCUCACACGUAACGAUGAGCCACACUUUCUGGCUUAUUGUGGUUGUCAAGAAUGAGCAGGACGCUUGUGCACGCUGUCCAGUUUGCUCCUUCCAUGGCACGUGCGGGAUAAAGCAAACCAAGAAACACUGGCUUUCCAUUAUGCCUGAACCGGGUGGUUUGUUUUGCCAUAACAAGACUUGAAGCCGUGGUUUUCCUGGUUUUAACCCAUAAAUCCCUAAGUAGGUUGGGACCAGGUUACUUGGAACAUUGCCUCCUCCCGUGUACAUCUUAGGCUCCUCUGCAAAAUCCCUGCUCCUGAGGCCAGCCAAGGAGAGGAUGGUUUCAGUAGUGGUACCAUGGCUAUGGAAUGAUCUCCCAGGGGGAGGGUUACCUAGUACUUUCUCCAGUGUCCUUUCAGCACCAGAUGAAGACUUUUUUGAUCACUCGGGCCUUUUAAUUUGUUCUUCUUUUCUUUUCCUUUCUUUGAAAUCUAGCCUGUUUUUUAUUACAAGAGAAACAGCAUUAAAAAACAAACCAACCCCUGGCUGUCUUUUAUUGAGCAGGAUUCAGCUAAUGAGUCUUAUUAGCAGAAGCUUGUGUUAAGGACUUCUGCUUGCCUAGCAGGGCUUCCCCCACUUCUCUUCCCCCUGCAAGCCCCCAAAAUUGGCUUGGGCAGGGGGUUGGGGGAACCCCUAAAUAGCGUGCAGGGGAAAGACAAGGGAAACUUUUGUCUGACAAGCGCUCUUUCACUCUUAUCACACACACACACAGAGCAUUGUAGUGUUCAUAGGCUGCCAGGGAAUAUUUGUUUGGUGGGUGGCUAUAUAAAUUCAAAUAUUACUGCUACUGCUAGUAGUAUUAACCUUCCCAUUAGUAUUCUCUAUUAGUAUUAGUAGGUGUAAUGAGUAUGGGUUGCUCGUGCGUAAGUUGCCGCCUCUCCUGGCUAUGUUGCCCUGUUUAAACCUUUCUGUCUGGGCAGCCCUUCAGUUCGUGACUGCCUCAGUCGCUAGCAGAAUCUGUCAGUGGGCGUUUCUUAAACCUUUUCCAACAUAAAAGUUGUUUGACGCCAAGUCUCCUCCUACUUCUGCGCAGGGAGGGUGUGGGUAGCGGAGGACCCGUGCUCUCCCCGCUGGUGUCCGGUGAAGAGUCCUGGAGCCCUCUUGCCAAUUCCCCCAUCUGCCCCCCUUUAUCCCUGGUGUUGCGCUGAUUUGCUUCCCCAUCUGCUGAGCUGCCUCUCUCCCUGCUGGGCCCUUCUCCAGCAUCAUUUGAGAGCCUCCCCUCCGCCUCUAGCUCCGAUGUCAGUUCCCUGACAGUAGGGAAGGUAUUACAACUCCUUAAUAACUUUUGGUCACCCAUUGCUGCACCUUUCCCAGCUCUGUGAUACCCUUUUCGAUAUGUUUGAUAUCUUGCGCAUCUAUUAAAAUUUGAACCUUGCCUCGUUUUUCAAAAUCCAUUUUGCAUUUUGAAGCAGGCACCGAGUUUUCUCUCCCCUCUAAUGCAUGACUCCCAGCAGUGAGAAAUAUUUGAAGUACCUUGAAAAAAAAUUAAUAAAGUAAUUUAGCCAAAAGAUAAUAGCUGACAUUUAUGGAAGAGAAUUGCUUGGCUGCUUUGGGAAUAAUUGUGUCCAUAAGAAAUUAUCUCUUUUGCAUUAAAUUGAAUAAAUGCAAUUAAUGAGAAGUUAAUAUAGUCCUCCCAUUUCAGAGUAAUGAUGGCAUUGGUUUUUGUUUUUUAAAAAAUAUAUCUUGACACUGUUAUCCCUUUAUGUAGAGGGAGGGGCUUUUAUUGUGGUUUCCACAAUAGUUCUUUAAAGAAGAUGAGCAAUAUUUCCCCCCCAAAUUUUAAUAAAGAAGAUAUUAAGAACUGCAUUUUUUUCCUCCUCUUCUUUCUCAGACCGUCAGCUUAAUCGCAUUUGCAGUGCUGUAACUGUUCUAAAUCAAAUGUUUUCAAGAUUCUUGCAGUGAGCAUUCCUUAGACAAGAAAAUAUCUGAGCCUCUGUGCUUUUCAGUCUUCCUCACUGCCUGAUUUCAAGGAAGAGGUCAGAAGUAGUCUAUGGUCCUUUAAAAGAGAGAAAAUACUUCUGACAUUAAAUUUAAUCUCUCCCCCCCCCAAAAAAAACCAACUUCAGGACUGAAAUUUGACAUUAAGAUUUGCUAAGCAAGCCAGUGUGGUAUAGUGGUUCUGUUAUAGGCUGGGAACUGGGAGGCCAGGGUUCAAAUCCUACCUUAACCAUGAAGCUCACUGGGUGGCCAUGGGCCAGUCACACCCUUUUAGCCUAACCUACCUCUCAGGGUUAUUUUGAGGGUAAAAUGGGGAGAGGGAGAACAAUGUGUGCUACUUUCCUGGAGGGAAGGUGGGAUAUAAGCAGGAUAAAUAAAUAAAUGUGUUUGUGCUGGUGAAUCAUUCAAGCCCUCUGCAGUCUUCCACACACACAGGAUUAGACAUGCAUUAGCAGAAGAAGCCCAUUGACCCCUCCCACUCUGUUAGUCUCUCCUCACCAGUCCCCAUCAUCCUCUGCAAAGUGAGAGCUGAACAUCCGCAGCAAGGAAUCUUCACAAGUAGAGAACUGCAGGAGUUGAACCCCCUUGGUGGGUGUGGCAAGAGAGAGUUAGGACCAAAGGCCUCAUUCCUGCUCUCCACCUCACUGUGUGAGGGGUGUAUCUUCAGAAGAAGGCUGUGGCCUGGGUAGUGAUGGAGACUUCAGUAGAUCAUCCCAGGCUGAGGCCUAGCACACAUGCACCUGUUAAAAUGUGGUGGUGUUGGGGCACAAGGGAACAAGGCUCAGCACAUCACUCUUUGAUGCUUGCAGAAUAAGGCUCAGUGGGUCUCCCAUCUGGAAAAUUUCCAGAGAGCUUCUUGUAGGCCAUUCUUUACCCACUAGUGAAUAGGUUGGUGUCAGCUCUGGUCUUCAACAGCAAUGGAGAGCUUCUCAAAGGAGAGAAGGGUAAGUCCAGUACAAUUUGAGAGACCUGUUGUCUGCUCUACACGGUGGCAAGAGAUUUUCCCAAAAGCCAACUUUGGGCACAUUGAUAGGUGUGGUUUCUAAGCUGGACUCAGACUUUAGUAAGGUCUUCUUGGACACCAAGUUUAUCCAUGUGGCCAGCUGAUAGACCUAGCGUCUGCUCUGGAUACCUUCCAGGGGCAACAGAAGAAGGUCUGCCAGUUGGUAGACCAAAUGGUAGACCAAAUGUUCUUUGAAAAAUAAACCUUCAGAAGGGUUUCUUGGAGAUUGCACACUGUAGCUAACCAGUAGACCUUCAAUGUGUUUCUUCUCUGCCAUGCAGAAUGUGAAUCAUUGUCAUCUCCAGGUAGGACUGGGAGAGACCCCAGUCUGAAACCCAGGAGAGCCGCUGCAAAUCAGUGUAGAUGAUAACCAACUAGGUGGACCCCGUAUGAGACAGCUUCUGAUGUUGGUAGCCACCUCUAGGUUUUAUGCUACAUCACCCCCACUAACUCACUCUGCCUUUGCAUUCUUACUGCCUUCGCAAUGUUGGACUUCUCUACUCUGACCUUCAUAUACAAUUGGGGGGGGGGGGUGGAAGAAGGAAACCAGAAUCUGGGGCAGACUGGAGGGAGCAGGAGAGAGUGUGAUGGCUGGGUGCAGUUUGCUUUUCUUAACUCUGGGUUGAGACACACCCAGUGGAAAAGAGGUGGAGAAGCACUCUCCAUUCUGUUAGCCAGACAGCUUGCUUCUCCGGGGAUUCCAUAGGGAGGUAAGGGGAUUCUUUGGCGGGGAAGGCUAGUGGAUGGAGCAAUGAUUAUUACCUGACAUUUCCUUUUGGAGAGUGGAAUUCUUCAUCUGCAUUCCAGCUACUCACCCCACUAAUUCAUUGUAUUUGAAAUCCUAGGGGUGUGGCAUUGGAGUUGUAUUUAGAGCAUAGAAAUGAAGAGCAGAAAAAUGUUUUUCUCAAUGAUAACAGAUUUAAUUACCUUUUCUUAAAAAAAACCCUGCACUUUUGCGUAGGGUCAAGUGUUCUUUCUUUCCUUCCUUUUUCUGUUUUAACUAUGCUAGCUGCACUCUUGUCCCAAGGAAAGUUGAUAAGGCUAUGCAGAACAGAAUAAAAACAAUCACACCUUUUUCCUUUCCCUUCCCAGGUGUCCAGAGUAUGCCGAGUAUAUUCUUAGAAUGAAGACUGAUGCUUUUUCGGCCCGUUUAAUGAAGGAAUGAAACAUUCUCUGCUUGAAAGGGGAACAGCCGUCCAGAAAGAAUUUAGUUCCGUAGUGCAGAUGGAAGAGCCAAAAAAAUAAAUAACUUCACAGACGAUUUCUCAGGGAUUACAGAUCUUGGUGUGUGGUUUCUUAAAAAAAUUAAAAACUAAAAAAUUAAAUGGUUUUUGUUGAGAGAAAAUGGGAGAUCAGCAAAUGUACAAAACGAGCCAUGUUGUCAACAACAACGAAAGCUUGUAUUACCAGCAGCAGCAGCAGCAGCAACAGCAACACCUAAAUUCCCUUGCACCGUUAAACCACAGCUAUGGAACAUCAGCCAUGGAUGCAACUCAGGAAUCUCCGCUCUCCCCAUCGUUCCCCCAAGACACCAGGGAAAACAUAGCUUUGAAUGCUGGGUCCAAAACCCUUGGGUUGAUGGAUUCUCCUAGGCAAUCCAGUUGGGCCCAUUUGGGUUCUGGGAGCCACGCCCCAGUGAGGAACAACCAAAACGUCAUGUGGGGCUCAGUGGGGCAAGGCGAAGUAACUGACGGAUACGAGCAUCUGUGUUCCCAAGCCAAUGAGGUCAGGCCGCAGAAAAUGACGAGUGGUGUUUUGCAUAAGCUGGACUCCUUCGCCCAAGUGUUUGCAAACCAGAACUUAAGGAUCCAAGUCAACAACGUAUCUCAGGUCAUCCAGCCUUCAGCGAUGGGCGGCACUGGGGAUAGCGCUCUUCGGCAGCUGCUGUCUCAGAAGCCUGCGGUGGAGCAGCAGCCCGCCGUGCAGAGAUACCAACAGGUGCCGCAGCAAGUCCACCAGGGUUUUGUCGGCGCGCUGCAGAAGCAGCACAUGCACAUGAUGGCGCACCAACAACCCCUCUAUUAUGACGAACAGCAGCAUUUAGCCCAUCUGCAGAUGCACCCUGUGAUGCAUCAAGGGCAGGCCCACUUCCAGCAAAUGCACUCUCAGCACCUGCUGCCGCAGCAGCUACAGCAGGAUCAAUACUAUCUGCAGCAGCAGCAGCAGCAGCAGCAGCAAUCCCACCAAGGACAACAUAGGCUUUUAAUACACGAGUUGCAGCAGCAACAGCAACAGCAGCAGCAGAGGCAAUGCCCAGUGCAAACAGCUCAGUAUUAUUCAAUACAGCCUAUGAUGCAACAGUUGCAGCAGCAGCAGCAGCAGAUGCAAAUGCAACUUCCUGCCUUUCACAGAGAUCCUGACCAGAAGCCUCUGCACGAGACUCAUCAGUACUCUCAGGAUCGGGGUCAUUCUGUGCAGCUCGUUCAGCUGGGAGCAGUGCCUCAGUACUUCUAUCAAGAUCAGCAGCAACCCUUCAGGCAUUUGUAUUCGCAAAGCUUAUUGCAGCAGCAGCAGCAGCAGCAGCAACCACCACCAGGAGAUGCCAGUCAGCCAAACCAUUACCAGAGCAACAACAAGGCUCAGGCACUGAUGGAUUCGCACCUUGGAUUCCCCUUGGCAGAAGGGUCGGAGGGCCCAGUUCAGCAGGACAUGAAUUCUGUCGCUGGUGGCGUCCCUCAGCAACCUCUGAUGCCCCCAGAAGGUAUCCAUGUGGAUAGCAAAGGACCACAUGGACCACAGCCAUUGUCCCCUGGUCCAAUGUGGCCUCAGGUAUGUAAUACUUUCUUUCCUGUAUCUGAGUUUGGGAAGAAUCAGAAACCAAAUUCGCCUCUGCCGUGUGAAAUGGAAUUCCCUCAGAAAUUUUAGGCUCCCAUUGGCACAACAGUUUGCUGAAUCCACAACUUAUUAGCCUGGUCACUGAGGUCCGGCUACAAGGGCCCUCUGGCGGUUUCCUUACUGCGAGAAGUGAAGCUACAGGGAACCAGGCAGAGGGCCUUUUCGGUAGUGAUGUGCACCCUGUAGAACAUCCCAUCAGAUGUCAAGGAAAUAAACAACUACAGUCGUACCUUGGAAGUCAAACGGAAUCCGUUCCAGAAGUCCAUUCGACUUCCAAAACGUUCAAAAACCAAAUCGCAGCUUCUGAUUGGCUGCAGGAAGCUCCUGCAGCCAAUCAGAAGCCGCAGAAGCCCCGUCGGAUGUUCGGCUUCCAAAAAUAGUUCUCAAACCAGAACAGUCGCUUCUGGGUUUGCGACGUUCGGGAGCAAAAACAUUCGGGAACUAAGCUGUUUGAAAACCAAGGUACUGUGUAUUUGACUUUUAGAAGACACCUGAAGGCAGCCUUGUUUAGGAAGGUUUUUAAUGCUUGAUGUUUUAUUGGGUUGUUGUUUUUUGUUGGGAGCUGCCCAGAAAAACUGGGGCAAUCCAGUCAGAUGGGCAGCAAAUAAUAAAAAUUAAAUUAUUAUUAUUAAUUAAUUACCGUAUUUUUCUGUGUAUAAGACACCUCCAUGUAUAAGACGACCCCUAUUUUUUUAAACUCAAAAUUAAGAAAAUGCACUAUGCACUAUCCGUGUAUAAGAUGACCCCUUAUUUUAAACUUUAAAAAAUUAGGAAAAAGUGUAGUCUUAUACACGGAAAAAGGGGGUAAUUUGUUGGCCUCCUAAUACAGGGCAGUCUUGAAGGUGGCAUAGUUUAAAAACAUAAAAGUUUGUGCUUGUUUAAAUUCUAAUGGUGGCGGUUGUUUUUCUUCAAAAGAAAAACCCAAUACAUAGCAUAAAAUGCCAGCUUCCAUGCCAGAGGCACUGACAGAAAAACCUUGACCUGGCUGUGUCAAAUUCCAUUAAAUGCCCUGGUGAAGAGAGGAUAGUCUUUACCUGGUGUCAGUGCUAGCAGGCCUCACUUGGGAGGACAUUCCCACAGGCAGAGGGGCUACAACUGAAAAGGCUCUGUCCAUCGUUUCCACCCUCUGAGCUUCUCUUGGCGGUAGCAUGUAGGGAAGGGCUUCUGAUUACACUUGCAAGGUCCCUGCAUGUUCUUUUCAGGAGAAGUGGUCAGUCAGGUAACUACUUAGCAUUCAUUAGCACUGUAUACCUACCCCUCUCCCAAAUAGGCGACAUGUUGCUAAACUAGAAAAAAUGCCCAUAGUUCUGAUGGCUGAAUUAGUGGAGGGUCUAUAUAUUAUAUUACAGAGAUCCCCAAGUAGAGAAUUCAGCAGCAUUCUGCAUUCAAAGAUUAAUUAUCACCAUGGGGUCUCUGUUAGUGGAAGCCAAGCCGACCACAGGUGGAAGGGGGAGCAUUUUGCUCCCACAGUAAUAUUCCCCAUGCAGCCCCUGUAAACCCAGCGUCUGGGGUGCGAGGCAGGCUAUUAAAAACAAUACAGCGUCAGACAUUUAAAACUUCCCUAAACAGGGACGCCUUCAGUUGUCUUUUAAAAGUAAAAUAGUUGUUUGUUGCCUUGACAUCUGCUGGGAGGGCAUUCCACAGGGCAAGUGCCACUACCAAAAAGACCCUCUGCCUGGUUCCCUGUAACCUCACUUCUCGCAGCAAGGGAACCGCCAGAAGGCCCUCAGCGCUGGACCUCAGUGUCUGGGCUGGAUGAUGGGGAUGGAGACGCUCCUUCAUGUAUACAUAUUCAAAUGAGCACCCCUCACGUGUUGGAGGGGGAACAGGGUCAGUCCGCCAUCAAUACAUGCACCAGCUACAGUCUGUCUCUGCAAGCCAAGCCAAGGCAAACGGCUGUAUGCUUCACAUGAUUCCCCCUGCAUGUUCUUUAUAUUCAUGUACAUUUGUGUGUGCAUACAGCUCCUUCACACUAGCACCAAAUGUGCAGCUGGUCAGGGGCUUCACAAACAUACACAUCAUUGCGGAUGGGACAUAACUAGGGAUGUAAGAUGGCAUUUCCCCCCCCUGUUCUGCCCUAUACUUACUGCAUGCAGCGCUGUUUCCGUUCUGCUGCAGCUUGUCUUGCUGUCUGAUGCGGUGGAAUUAAGCAUAGCUUACACAGUUCACAUCAUUAAUUAGGAUGUCACUAAGUUAUUCCAGCCCAAAUAUUUCAAUGCAAAGGAAACACAAUGCAAGUGUGAUCAUUUAUGUGUAAUUUGUGGGCUGAAAGCAACAGCAACAGUGAAUACUGAUCAUAUUUGCUAGACUGAUUUCUAUUGGGCAUGGGGCAAAUAAGGAAACACAGUGGCAACUUCCACUUCCAUAGCUGUUGGAACCUUCUGAUCUCCCUAGACAAGACCAGUUAGCAUAACUGCAUCAUUCACCUUCACACAUCUGUGAAUGGGCAGGGGAGGUUGCGUGAAACUCUUUAAAUGAUUAUUUGAAUGAGUCAUUACAUGUGUGUGAGUCUAGAUAGGUGAUUCUUCAGCAUGCUGAUAUAUGCCAGUAUUUUCAUCUUUUCCUUUAGCAGCAGGUCCAUCUGCCUGAUGGAGGACUCCAGUCAGUUUCCCCCGAGCAAAGGUAUAUUUGUGCUAUAGCUACAUAUGUAUUCUUAACUUUCGUUUUUUCAAAAGUCCUCAAAUAGUAGCCUCUGUAUGUUUAUUGGCCAUGUAGUGGAAUCUUCUAGAGCUUUGAAGCAUCAGGUACUCAUUCUACCAAUCUUUGACUUAAUGGUUUUGGUUCCUGUUGUGUCCUCAGUCUGUUGCCCAUGGGACUAAUUUAGUGAUGGAACCAGUCAGAACUCUCCGGAACUCAUUUCUGGCACCUCUCAGGUGGGCGCCAUUGCCAUUCUGAGAGAACAAUGGAGGUGUUCAUUGUAAAUUCUGGCACCUCUUUUUCUAGGAAAAUAGCACUGGAUGGAACCUUUUGCAUAAAAGCAUAAAAGUGACCCUUGAGUUAACGCUUGUCUGCUCUCCACCUUUUCACUAGCAGUGAAUUGGAUCAGGGCCAACCUGUUAAAACCUCACAACAGUAGUAAACGGCAAGCACUUUCAGCAUUUGAAGGAGAAAUUUCAUUAAUCCUCACUCAAAAAUAGUUUAGUUGUGAGAAGAUGGCUUAAAAAAAGAAGAAAAGCACUUGCUCACAGAAUUGAUUCUGACAGUGGAUGUUUUUCUGAGGAAAAAAUGGCUCACGAUCUCCUUAGAUCAGGGGUGGGCAGACUCGCAGGAUCUGCCUUUUUUUUUGUUUACUAGAACUAUUCAAAGCUAGGUGCAAAAUAAUGGUUCUGAAGGGUGGAUGCACAGUAAGAAUUAAACACAAGCAAACCCUCAGCCAGGUUAAUAAAUGUACACCUGUUUCCCCACCAAUCUCUCUUUUUCUCAGCAGCCUAACUUAUGGUCAGGACUCAGCAGGGAAGGUUUCUGUUAGACAUUUGGGAGUCAGAACCCCAUGCCAGUCUACUGAAGAUCUGUCAGCAGAUCCCCAUCUGCUUUCUGCCUGCCCCUGUUCUAGAGUAGACCUGGUCCUUCACUUCAGGCAGCAAAAUGUCUCGAGCUGGCCUUGCCAGAGAGAGAAUCUGUGAUUAUAAUUUUUUAAGAGUACAUGUAUGUGGCUGGAUUAAAAUGUAUUUGGAAACAUUCUCAUCAAAACAUGUCUCUCCUUCCUUUCUUCAGCAGCAUUCACGAUAAAGAAACUCAUAGUGAGAGAUCUGAAACAAAGAGCAAACUCACAUGCACUGUAUGCUUGAAGGAAUUUAAGAGUUUGCCAGCCCUAAAUGGCCACAUGAGGUCUCAUGGAGGGAUACGGGCAUCUCCUGCCUUCAGACAGGUAACACUGUGGAGUUUUGCUGUAUGGCCUUCACCCUUUCUUACUAAAGUUCGCUGCUUGCUUUGCUUUGCAAUUUUCCUUUUUUUAAAAAAUACAGUGAUUCUCAAUCUGAUCCUGCUAUUGUCAAGGAAAUGUGUCUUUCUCCAGUUUCGUUUUCUAGUAUGUGCAUUCUCCAUCGAUGGAGAUCUGUCAAUGUCUGAUGUCGACCUGAGAGCUAUUCUGAGGAGCAAGGUUUGGCUAGCCUCCAUGUGAAAGGGGCUCCUCGCUGUGAACACACCUCAACGCCGCCUUAUGACACCAUCAUUAUUAUUAUUUAUUAAAUUUGUAUACCACCCUUCAUUUGUAGAGCUCACAACAUAAAAUUACAAUGUAAAACCCACAAAAUACAUAACAAAAAUAAGAACAACGACAAACCAAUAAUCCCUGCCCCCAAAACAGGGAUUUUCUCCACUCACCUCGCCUGAGUCUACUUUCUGAUCUGUCCUGAGGCGUUUCUUCUGCCUGGGAUAUGCGCGUGCCACAUUUCAUGCUGUGUUUUCUAGAGAAGUAGCGGUGUUGACCCCCUACCGCAUACUGAGACUUGACAGAUCCACUACAUAGUGGGCUCCAGCCCACAGUGGCCAAUGCCUCCAUCAGCUGGCUAACCUUGAGAGUACCAGAAGACUCUUUUAUUUGUUGUCUGUGCUGCCUUUUAGUGUUCUAGUUGGGAGCAGUCCACGGUUGAGGCUGAAUGCCUUUGGUUGUCUGCACAGGACGAAGGGGAGAGCCUGCCGCAGCCCCAGCACCAACACCAGCGGGAGCAGCUGCCCUCCGAGGCGGAGAGCUUCGUCCCCAUCGUCAUGCCUGUGUCGGUGCCCGUUAAGCUGCUGUCACCGGAUCCCGGCAAGCAGGCCGCUGACAGCAGCGCCGUGCUUAAAGAUAAGCCUGUCUCAGAUGAUGAGAUGCCCGUUCUUGUGAGGAUGACUUGCUCUCCGCCAUGCUCCCCUAACGUGGCCAGCCCCUGCCUGUCCUCUGUGAGUGUUCUCUUCCUACUAACUGUGCUAGGGGUGCCUUGUGAAUCCCUCUGCAUUUUUUUAAAAGUGCUUCCUGUUAAACAUCAUCCCCGUUUGGACAUAUGCAAUACUGGGUACUAGGUAAAGGUAAAGGGACCCCUGACCAUUAGGUCCAGUCGUGGCCGACUCUGGGGCUGCGGCACUCAUCUCGCUUUAUUGGCCGAGGGAGCCGGCAUACAGCUUCUGGGUCAUGUGGCCAGCAGGACUAAGCCACUUCUGGCGAACCAGAGCAGCGCAUGGAAAUGCCGCUUACCUUCCCGCUGGAGUGGUACCUAUUUAUCUACUUGCACUUUUGACGUGCUUUCGAACUGCUAAGUUGGCAGGAGCAGGGAGCUCACCCCGUCGCGGGGAUUCGAACCGCCGACCUUCUGAUCGGCAAGUCCUAGGCUCUGUGGUUUAACCCACAGCGCCACCCGCGUCCCAAUACUGGGUACUAGGACUGGGUGAUUCCUGGAUUUCAACAUUGUGGUUUAUCACCAGCUAAAUGUCACGAUAUACCGAUAUAUUGCCAUGUCUGAAGUAUGGAGUUAUGUAGAGGUAUUGGCUGGCUUCUCAAUUUUUUCCACAUUGUGAUUUAUGAUGAUGUUCAUGAUGAUGAUCAUCAUCAUCAAGAAUAAUAAUAUAAUUAUUUGUACCCUGCCCAUCCAACUGGGUUGCCCCAGCCACUCUGGGCAGCUUCCAGCAUAUAUUAAAAUAUAGAAAAACAUCAAACCGUAAAAAGCUUCCUUCUAAGGGGCUGCCUUCAGAGGUCUCCUAAUAUAUAUAUAUUUCAGGCAUAGGCAAACCCAGCCCUCCAGAAGUUUUGGGACUACAACUCCCAUCAUCCCUAGCUAACAGGACCAGUGGUCAGGAAUGAAGGCCGAGUUGUAGUCCCAAAACAUCUGGAAGGCCGAGUUUGCCUAUGCCUGAUAUAAUUACUCAUCCACACACACACACACACACACACACACACACACACACUUCAUGAUUCGCGAUAUAUUGCCAGGUCAAAAAUUAUGAAACCAAUAUCACAAUAUGGACUUCAGUUUUGGAUGAUAUAUUGUUAAAUCGCCCAGCCCUAACGGGUACCCUGGUCUCUUCCAGUUCAGGCAGAAGCAGCCUUUUCUUUCUGGAUUGUCCCAAUAUUCCUAAAGGGGAAGCUUUACUUCCCUCCUCCGAAAAAAGGCAGAGGGAUUUAUUGCCUAUCAGUGUUAUUUGUGCUUGUUUGUUUUUAAUGUUGCUCGAAACCCUUUUCUUUUUUAAUAAUGUGGGAGCAGGGCUGAGUGGGAUUUUGCCUAAUAUUGUCUCCUGCAGAUAAAUAGCCUUUAUCGCCUAAUUAUUAUUGUAAGAAUAAAUCACCUUCGGGGAGUCGCUGGGCGCGAAUGUGGGUGGGGGGAGCAGGGAUGAGUGCGCUAAGCUCAGUCCCCCUCAGUUGCCAUGCCUGUCCACCUCUGUGAGUUCGUGGCAUUGUCUGAAUCGCAGAGGGAGCCCCCCUGAGUCCUGGAAGCUCGCUGCUUCAGAUGUUUGACCUCCAACUCGUGGAGGUGGGUAGCAGUUGAGGGGUAGGGAGCUUCGUGUUCUCGUCCCCAUUUUGCCCUGCGUAAUGCUUCUUGUGGGAGGGAUUCAUUUGUUUGAUUUUUAUCCCUCCUUUCCUCCAAGAGAGCUCGAAGUGACAUACAGGGAUACCUCGGGUUACAUAAGCUUCAGGUUACAUACGCUUCAGGUUACAGACUUCGCUAACCCAGAAAUAAUACCUCGGGUUAAGAACUUUGCUUCAGGACAAGAACAGAAAUCAUGCAGCAGCGGCGCAGCAGUAGCGGGAGGCCCCAUUAGUUAAAGUGGUGCUUCAGGUUAAGAACAGUUUCAGGUUAAGAACGGACCUCCAGAACGAAUUAAGUACGUAACCAGAGGUACCACUGUACAUGGUUCUCCUGCCCUCUAUAUUUUACCAUCAGAACAAUCCUGUGAAGCUUUCUGCCUGCAGAAACCAGCAAGAAAACCACUGGCAAUAGAUUUUCUGCCUGCCUGGCUAUGGUUGGGGUCUCUGCAUAGCUGGGGGUUUAUCAGCUGCUAAUUCUUCUCUCCACAUGUGGAGGUCAGCAGAGAUGCACCAGGACGCCAUCCUAACUCCAUUGGUUUUAGGGGCAGGCAGAGGUUAGGAUUCCACUCUUACUUUUUUUUCCUGAAAAUGGGAAGUUUUAACAACAACAAAAAAACCACCCGCAUGUGUCUUUAGGAAAGCAAACUUACAGCAUAAGCAGUGUACCACUUUGGUGCUUGCUGAAGGCUUUUUCAUAUCAACAAGCCAGCCAAACGCAGUUUAGUUUCCUGUAUUGAUUUAUUUUAAAAUUGAUUCUUUUUAUCCAUGUUUUAAAGAUGAUUAUUGUGUGUAUAUUUGUCUUUCAGUUUUUAUGGAUUUUAGAUAUGCUUUGGUCAAUUGUUUUAUUUCUACGCUGCUUAGAGAGCUCUUUGAUUUAGUAGUUCAUCAUAUUUUUCUCUCUAAAUAAUGAAAUAUGUGCAAAUAAAUGAGGAUGGUAUCAAUUAACUGGAGCCUAUAUGUAAAACAAGCAGCAAACAAGGUCUGCAGCACAGGUCAUAAAAUCAGCGUCAUUCAUGCCAAUAAAGCAAGUUAAAGACUAAUGAUGAUCGGAAGCAUGGUUUCAUGAACACAGAUGAUAGUGGAAGUAAAGAUAAGUUGGCGGCUGAAAUUGCAAGACUUUGAGUAUACAUACAUAGCUCUAUAUUUUGGGGCUGUUCUGUGGAUCUGUCAAGAUCCCUGUCAGGCUGCCAAUGUACAUAGGGAGGUCUCUGGUUUAGCUUGGCCCAUUUUAACUUAAAUUUGCUAAUCAUUUCACCACUGGGAAAAUCCCACACUCUGCCAGACCAUUGAAGAACUGAGGGAAGGUGGGUGGAAGCCCACUUCUUAGCUAUCAACCAAAGAAAAAAAUGGUUGAGGUUGUUUUGGGGUGUCACCUCAUUGAUGUCAAAAUAUAGGCUGGUUCAUAGAGGCUCAUGAGUUGGUUCAGGUUUUUGUGUCCGCCUGAGACUCCCAUGCAAUUUGCCCAAGUUACGUCUUAAGUUAUCUGAAUGCUGAAAACCUUCCUUUCAGGACCUCAACAGAAAACAGCACCAAAGCACGGCCAACUCUGAAGAAAGCUUCAAACCGUUUCAAGACAAGAAAAAAUACCGCCACAGACCUGAGCCUCUGUUCAUACCGCCACCUUCUUACAACCUCGCUGCAUCCCACCUGGGCGCGACGCUGUACCAAAGCCAGCUUCGCUCUCCCCGCAUCCUGGGAGACCACCUGUUUGACAGCAUUCAUGACCCCCCUCCUUACACGCCACCUCCCAUGCUCAGCCCGGUACGUCAUGGAUCUGGCCUCUUCAGCAGUGUUAUCACAUCCGCUCAUGGUGCGUCUCACCCCCAGCUGCCGCUCACACCUUUGACACCCACUCCCCGGAUGCUUCUCUGUCGAGCUAGUAAGUAUGAUGAUGCGCUGUAAACCAGGGGGUCCCAAACUGUGGCCCAUGGACCACCUGUGGUAUGUGAGCUUCGUACAGGUGGUUCAUGACAUGUCCACAUGGAAUACACAUAUUGAUUUUUAGUUGUGUUUUGUCGUACGUUUUAUUUCUUGCAUUUCAUUUUACUGUAUCAUGAUGCAGAUUCUGUGGAAUGCAAUUAAAUGCAACCCAAGUCAUUAAAGGACAAUUAAAAAUCAUACGGUAUCUAGCCCCACUGCAUUACAGUUGCCACAACAGGCAGAAAUUAAGUGUUCUGCCAAGGCCAUUUUUUCAAGUGGUCCAGCAAUAUUCAAGUGGUCCACGGGGGAGAAAGUUUAGGAACCACUGCUGUAAACUUAUCCAGUUUCCAUGCUGAUGACUUGCCUCACUUCUGUAUAGCACACUGCUGGUUUUUACAUCACACAGCAUUUUAUUUUGCGGUCACUCGGAUAGCAGUUUCUCUCUUGCUCACACGUGUCCGAAGAGGAGGGAUUGUAGAAUAUCCCCAGGGACAUGCCACCCUGAAAGACUCCUCCAUUUGCCCCUGGAAUCCAUCCAAUCCAUCUUAGGAUCGGGCUACAUGAUCACUUGCCCCACAUAAUAUAUCUGUUGAUGAACUGUACCACUUGAGGCUGCAGGUGGGAGGUUUGUUGUUGUUUAGUCGUUUAGUCGUGUCCGACUCUUCAUGACCCCAUGGACCAGAGCAUUCCAGGCACUUCUGUCUUCCACUGCCUCCCGCAGUUUGGUCAGGCUCAUGUUCGUAGCUUCGAGAACACUAUCCAACCAUCUCAUCCUCUGUCGUCCCCUUCUCCUUGUGCCCUCCAUCUUUCCCAACAUCAGGGUCUUUUCCAGGGAGUCUUCUCUUCUCAUGUGGUGGCCAAAGUAUUGGAGUCUCAGCUUCAGGAUCUGUCCUUCCAGUGAGCACUCAGGGCAGGUGGGAGGUAGAAUAUAUAAAUGGUCACUCAUGUUAAAAAACAACAACAGCAAAUAGCUUGCAUGUACAAAACUAGAAUUUCUAGUCAAAGCCAGUGCUUUCCCCCAGGGGGUACUCAGGGGUACCCAGCACCAGCACCUCUUUUUGUUGUUGUUAAAAGGUGUGACACUUCCUGUAACAACUUCAUGAUGAGUACUGGCACCUACUUCUCUAGAAAAAAGGGUUCUAGCCUUGUCUUCUCUCUGACCUGCUAGGGAGGUUUUUACACAAAGGAGCCUUCAAACUUUUGAAGCCCAACCCCUUCACUUGCAACCUCAUGUGGUAUAGUCCAGCAACAAAGAUGCAUUGUGUACAAUUGUUGAUGUUUGCGUUUGGCCUCUUAAAACUCCCCAUCCUGGUCUGGUUUUUGCACUGGUGUCUUAUCAGCCCUGUGGACCAGGUGGGGCUUCUUGAGCAUGGGGGCCAUGAUGUCAUUUCCACUUAGGUUCUUGUCAUGAGAACUGUCUGGAUGAAAGGUGUGUGCAAAAAAAAGGUGUAUGUUCUCAAACCUUGGGUUCUGGAGAACCAUGAAGAGAUGAAGAUAGCAGAUAACGUUCAAAGGGGGCGGACAUACAUUGUUCCAUUUGUAGAACUGCCACUAGUUUGCAGUGGGACAGUUUUCACCAUGGUUACACAAUGGUUUAACAACACCCCCCCCCCGAUUUCAUCAGUGCAGAAUUUUACUUGCCUGUGGCCUUGAAUAAUCUCUUUAGCAGUUUUAACUCGCAUUUUUUUUUACAAAAUAGUCUCAAGUGUGAAGUUCAUGCUAGUCAUAUAUACAGAUGCCGCCGAACAUACGAAUCUUUCUUAAGAACCUGUGGCCAUCCAGAUUUUGUUGGACUCCAACUCCCAUCGGCCGCAGCCAGCAUGGCCAAUAACCAGGGAUGAUGGGAGUUUUAGUCCAGUAACUUCUUGAAGGUCACAGAUUUGCCAUCCCUGUCUACUUUGAUGGAUCUCAGGGAUUUUUCCCAUCCCCUGCUAUCUUUAUCCAUUUAAUUGGAAAGGCCAGAGAUUGAACCUAGGAAUAACUGUAUGAAAAUGCGUAUUCUUAUCCUUGAGCUAUGGUUUAGCAGUCAGUGGGUUGUAUCCAGUGCUAGUCCUACUCAGAGUAGACCAAUUGAAAUUAAUGGCUCUGACUAACUCAGGUCAAUUAAUUUCAGUGUUUCUACUCUGAGUACUGCUUAGUUGGAUACAACCCUUUGCCCUGAUUAAGUUUUAUUUUCUGUUAGGUUUUCCCAGAAAGAUACAAAUCUGUACUAGUGAAGGGAGUGCCUGCCUGCACACAGAAUGACAUAUUCUUGUUUUUCUUACAGAUAGCGUUGAUGGAGUCAGUGUCCCGAUCACCCCAGGACCUGGAGAACAGACCAUUGACGUAGAACCGUAAGAACUAGUCUCAUGUAUUCAGACAUCACUCGGUAUCCACUGUAGUUUUAUAAACUGAAUGCAAUCCAAAACAGGACUGCGUUUGCAUCUUGGGUCUAGUACAGUCGUACCUUGGUUCUCAAACGUAAUCCGUUCCAGAAGUCCGUUCGACUUCCAAAAAUGUUCAAAAACCGAGACGCGGCUUCUGAUUGGCUGCAGGAGUUUUCUGCACUCGAUCAGAAGCCACGCCGGAUGUGCAGGUUCCAAAGAACAUUCGAAAACUAGAACACUUAGUUCUGGGUUUUCGGCGUUCGAGAACCAAGGUACAACUGUAGUUUACAUGUUCACAUUAAGCCAUAGUUAAUGGUUUGCCAUGAAUGCAGAGGUUGCUUCUGCCUCACUUCUUCCCCUAGUGGAAGGAACAAACCAUGACCCCUGGUUUCUGGUUUGGAUUUAACGCUUAACAUUGUGCUGUGUUUGGGAGUGAAACUAACCCAAAUGUAACACUAAGCCAGGGAUUGGGGUUUGUUGCUGGGCGAGGUGGAAAACAGAAGCCAUCGGCCUGUUCUCAGUAAAAACCGCUAAGCAUGGCUUAGUGUGACAUGUGAACGCUGCCAGUGGUUUGCCUUGAAAAUUUAUUUUUUUAAAACAACAACUGCAGCUUCUUAUGUUGCUUCAGAAACUACUUCUGGAAGGACCCCUGAGUUUCAAGAACAAUAAUAUCUGGUGUGGUGCCCUGGUCAUGCACAGAGGGUGAUCUCUGAAGUGGUACUUUUCGCAUAAAAGAACCCCUGUGCAAUGUUUUGCAUUCUUCAACCAAUAUACAGUGGUACCUCGAGUUAUGAACUUAAUUUGUUCCGGUGGUCCGUUCUUAACCCGAAACCAUUCUUAACCUGAGGCGCGCUUUCGCUAAUGGGGUCUCCUGCUGCCGCCGUGCCAUUUCUGUUCUCAUCCUGAGGUAAAGUUCUUAACCCAAGGUACUACUUCUGGGUUAGCAGAGUUUGUAACCCGAAGUGUUUGUAACCCGAGGUACCGCUGUAAAUAGCUCAAUCAGAGGUGAUGGGGGAGGAGGUAUCUUUAAGCGCAAAAUGAAGCAUAUGGAAUUGACACUUUAAAUACCCUGGAGGAAUGUAUUCUUUCCUAUGUUUAGUGACCCUUACACUUCCCAUCCCUCUGUGUGGCCAACUGAUGUAGUCAAAGACCCAGAUUUCUCCUUGGGGGCUCCUAAAACCUCGCACUCAUUGGGGACCAUGUUUAAGCUUUUCAAACCAUUAAUAAAAUCCCUGUCUCACCCAGCUUAACUAUUAAUGGAACGACGUUCAGCUAAACUAAGCAUACAUAACCAUUUUCAACUGGUUGCUUGGCAGAUAAUAGCCAAGAUGGGAAUUCCUUUCCGCCUCACAUCACAAUUGCAUUUUAUUCAUAUUGUUUUUCGUUACAAUUAUAUCUGUUUAAGAAGUCCACAUGGGAGACUGGAGAGUGAAGAACUGGAACAGCUCAGUUUUUAAAGCUUCCUUGUUUGCUAGCAUUUUAAUUGUCCUAACUCUGUUCCUUAACUCUUCUCUCAAGACAGAGUUUUGCCGUUGAAUUCCAUGACUAUUCAAUCACCCAGUUCUGUUGGGGCAAGGGCACAGUUUUAAAGACUUAGGUUAUUAUGAAGUUUCAUUUUGAGAGGUCCCUUGCUUUUCCUCACAGAUUGUGCAUUUUACGCUACGUCUGGGCCUGUUUGUUUGUUUGUUUGUUUAUUACUGUAUUGGUCUGAAUGUAAGCCGCCCCCAAAUAUAGUCCACACCGCUAAAAGCAGAUUUCUUAAAUGAUGGUACUUUUAAGAGUGCAACAAUAGACUCCACUCAGGUUUUAUACAAGUCAGGUUGAGCAGGGUGGAGUGUAUCCUGUUUUCAGACCGGUAUGGCAUGGGACGCAGGUGGUGCUGUGGGUUAAACCACAGAGCCUAGGACUUGCUGAUCAGAAGGUCAGCAGUUUGAAUCCCCGCGACGAGGUGAGCUCCUGUUGCUCGGUCCCUGCUCCUGCCAACCUAGCAGUUCGAAAGCACGUCAAAGUGCAAGUAGAUAAAUAGGUAUCGCUCCGGCGGGAAGGUAAACAGCGUUUCCGUGCGCUGCUCUGGUUCGCCAGAAGCGGCUUAGUCAUGCUGGCCACAUGACCCGGAAGCUAUACACCGGCUCCCUCAGCCAAUAAAGCGAGACGAGCUCCGCAACCCCAGAGUUGGCCACGACUGGACCUAAUGGUCAGGGGUCCCUUUACCUUUACCUAUGGCAUGGGUAUAUUCCAUCUUUCCUCCAAGGAGCUCACAGUGGAAUACGUGGUUCUCCCUCCUCCUCUUUAUCCUCACAACAACCUUGUGAGGUAGGUUUGGUUUAGAGUUAGUGACUGGACCAAGGUCACCCAGUGAGUUUCCUGGCUGAGUGAGGAUUUGAACCCUAGUCUUCCAGGCCCUGGUCCAACGCUUUAACCACAGUAGUUUGCCCACCAAACCUCAACGCCAAAUUUUGGUGAGUGAGUGAAAUGGGGAGGAGAUGAAGUUUCUUUAUAUGCUUUCAGGCAUAUCAAUAUUGGAUCGAGAUUCCAAGCCGAUAUUCCUAAACUUGAAGACAGAGCGUUGGUGGGGGAAGAGGACCACAUGGCAACUUUAGUUUGGAAACCAGGGCCAGAACUGGAAGAUGAAGAUAUCCAGCAAAGAGGUACUGUGUUUUCUAACCCCCUUUGCAACUGAUCUAAGCAUCUCUGCCAGGUGUCCUGUCCCGGUUUAUCGUUCCACCUCUGUGUCUUAUGGUGUAAAAGUCAUCGCUUCAUUAAAUGGGUACUGACCUUCACCUGACUUGUCGUGUAUCUGUGCAGAAUAACAUCUCUUGCUGUCCUUUAGCCUGAUCACCACUUUGACACAGCUCAAAAUGUGCCUUUUUCCUCAAGCCAUGGGAGUUUUUCGCCUGGCUGCUGGACUGUUCAUAAUUUUUGUUGGGUAUUAUUUUAAUGCUUCUGUUUUCCUUAUGCCUGGUUUAUAUAGUUUUCAUAUUUAUUUGAACAUUUAUUUUGUCGCGUAUGACCCUGAGAACCUUGCGAGUUUAAGGACAACCUAUAAAUCUGAUAAAAAUUAUGACUGUUACAGGCAGCGAGACCAUUUUACAUUCAUCCAAGCAACACGUGACUGCCAACAUGGGGGGGGGGGGGACUCAGAACGGAACCCCCACGCAAAACGGUUGCCACCUGUUUUUAUUUUAUUAUCUGUUCUAAAUAGCUUAAUUAAUAUUUAAGAGUGUCUAAGUGCUGUACAAAAUACAAUAUAAAAACCCGUAAAACAGAUAAAAGCAAUAUUAUUUUCCUCAGUGUUUAAAAUAAUGCUGGUAGGUGCAUUUCAACAUAUAUACAGUGGUGCCCCGCAAGACGAAUGCCUCGCAAGACGGAAAACCCGCUAGACGAAAGGGUUUUCCGUUUUGAGGUGCUCAUAAAGCGAAUUUCCUAUGUGCUUGCUUCGCAAGACGAAAAUGUCUUGCGAGUUCCUGCGGGGUUUUUUCCUCCCCCCCCUUUUUCCCAAGCCGCUAAACCGCUUAUCAGCUGAUGGCUAAGCCGCUUAACAGCUGAUGCUAAGCCGCUUAUCAGCUGAUCGUUAAGCCGCUUAUCAGCUGAUUGUUAAGCCGCUUAUCAGCUGAUCCACUAAGCCCGCUAAGCCGCUAAUACUGUAGCACUAAUCCGCUAAACCGCUAAUGGGCUUGCUUCGCAAGACGAAAAAACCCGCAAGACGAAGAGACUCGCGGAACGGAUUCUUUUCGUCUUGCGAGGCACCACUGUAUCUGUUCGGCCACCCCCUCAGAAGGACUUGUCUGGUACACUCAUAUCGUGGUACUCAAACGCCUUGGUACUCGCUCAUUUUGGCUCCCAAACGCCACAAACCCAGAAGUAAGUGUUCCUGUUUGUGAACAUUUUUCGGAAGCCGAACAUCCGACGCAGCUUCCGCUUGAGUGCAGGAAGCCCCUGCAGCCAAUUGGAAGCCGCACCUUGGUUUUCGAACUGUUUCGGGAGUUGAACAGACUCCCGGAACAGAUUAAGUUCGAGAAUCAAGGUACCACUGGUUUUCUGUUUCAACUUUCUCAAAAUGAGAAUCUGAGCUUGUAAGAAUUAGAAGAUUUGUGCUGACUUUAUGACCCUUUCAGAUUUAUGUUUUUGCUUACAGGCUGAAUAUUGGACAGGUUUGACAAUACUGUUUUGAAUUGUUUUCUUACAGUGACCAGCCUUUUAAAUCUGUGUUGUUCAAGUGUAUUGACUGGUGGGGGAACCAACCUUGAAUAUGGCUUGCAUUCUCUCUUUGAGGCUAAAGGAGACGUUAUGGUAAGAGCAGCUUGUUUAUCCUCUCCCAAAUAUGUGUUAAAAUAUGUGUAACAGGCUUCAUGAGGAAACCGGGCACAAGAAAGCUUUUUCCAGUGACUAAUUGGGAGAAUUUAGCCUCACUCUGGCACCCACCACUUUUCUUUCUCAAAAGAAAUCUUUUAUUUUAUUAUUCCUAGUUUUUAUUUGUUCAUUAAAAACACAUACCUUGCCUUUCUUUAGAAAAACAUUCAACACUGCCAGUUGACUUGUUUAUUUCGUAAUGUUUAUACACUGUUUGUUAAAAAAACCCAGAAACGAAACCCUGGAUGAUGCUCGUUUAAAAUACAGUUAACUAAAAUGGCAGAAUUACAGUAAUACUCCAAAUCAACAGUAGUUAAAAUCAUACUCGUGGAAUACAAAAUGCAAAACCAGCAUCAACUAAAAUCACACAGAACAUCCUGGGUCUAAGGCCCAUUUAAAAUGGUCAGAGAAUGAGACAGGUGUAUCUCGUGCAAAAGGUUGUUCCAUUGGAUGGGCUCUUGCAUCCGUAACAUGGGGAUAAUAAGACUGGCCUGCUCACAGGGCUGUUUUAAGGAUUGCUGAGGUCCCAGCAAAGGAAGAAUGGAUACAGAAACUUAUGGAAUAUGCAGAAAUGGUGGAACUUACUGGAAAAAUAAGAAACCAGGCAAAAAACAUUUUAUAAAAGAAUGUUGUUGUUGUUGUUUAGUCGUUUAGUCGUGUCCGACUCUUCGUGACCCCAUGGACCAGAGCACGCCAGGCACUCCUGUCUUCCACUGCCUCCCACAGUUUGGUCAGACUCAUGUUUGUAGCUUCACUGUCCAACCAUCUCGUCCUCUGUCGUCCCCUUCUCCUUGUGCCCUCCAUCUUUCCCAGCAUCAGGGUUUUUUCCAGGGGGUCUUCUCUUCUCAUGAGGUGGCCAAAGUAUUGGAGCCUCAGCUUCACGAUCUGUCCUUCCAGUGAGCACUCAGGGCUAAUUUCCUUAAGAAUGGAUGUGUUUGAUCUUCUUGCAGUCCAUGGGACUCUCAAGAGUCUCCUCCAGCACCAUAAUUCAAAAGCAUCAAUUCUUUGGCGAUCAGCCUUCUUUAUGGUCCAGCUCUCGCUUCCAUACAUUACUACCGGGAAAACCAUGGCUUAAACUAUACGGACUGUUGUUGGCAAGGUGAUGUCUCUGCUUUUUAAGAUGCUGUCUAGGUUUGCCAUCGCCUUUCUCCCAAGGAGCAGGCGUCUUUUAAUUUCGUGACUGCUGUCACCAUCUGCAGUGAUCAUGGAGCCCAAGAAAGUAAAAUCUCUCACUGCCUCCAUUUCUUCCCCUUCUAUUUGCCAGGAGGUGAUGGGCCCAGUGGCCAUGAUCUUCGUUUUUUUGAUGUUGAGCUUCAGACCAUAUUUUGCGCUUUCCUCUUUUACCCUCAUUAAAGGGUUCUUUAAUUCCUCCUCACUUUCUGCCAUCAAGGUUGUGUCAUCUGCAUAUCUGAGGUUGUUGAUAUUUCUUCCAGCGGUCUUAAUUCCGGCUUGGGAUUCAUCCAGCCCAGCCUUUCGCAUGAUGAAUUCUGCAUAUAAAUUAAAUAAGCAGGGAGACAAUAUACAGCCUUGCCAUACUCCUUUCCCAAUUUUGAACCAGUCAGUUGUUCCAUAUCCAGUUCUAACUGUAGCUUCUUGUCCCACAUAGAGAUUUCUCAGGAGACAGAUGAGGUGAUCAGGCACUCCCAUUUCUUUAAGAACUUGCCAUAGUUUGCUGUGGUCGACACAGUCAAAGGCUUUUGCAUAGUCAAUGAAGCAGAAGUAGAUGUCUUUCUGGAACUCUCUAGCUUUCUCCAUAAUCCAGCGCAUGUUUGCAAUUUGGUCCCUGGUUCCUCUGCCCCUUUGAAAUCUAGCUUGCACUUCUGGGAGUUUUCGGUCCACAUACCGCUUAAGCCUGCCUUGUAGAAUUUUAAGCAUAACCUUGCUAGCGUGUGAAAUGAGUGCAAUUGUGCGGUAGUUGGAGCAUUCUUUGGCACUGCCCUUCUUUGGGAUUGGGAUGUAGACUGAUCUUCUCCAAUCUUCUGGCCACUGCUGAGUUUUCCAAAUUUGCUGGCAUAUUGAGUGUAGCACCUUAACAGCAUCAUCGUUUAAAAUUUUAAAUAGUUCAGCUGGAAUAUCAUCACUUCCACUGGCCUUGUUAUUAGCAGUGCUUUCUAAGGCCCAUUAUAAAAGAAUAGAGAUGGUUUAUUGAAUAUUUACAGAUAAAUUGUAAACAGAUAAGAACAUUGGCAGGAUUAUUGCAAUAACCUGCAGCUUUAUAAGAGUAUAUAUUUAAAGCAGAUGAAUAAAUGAGCAAAUUAAGUUAAUUUGGAUAUUCAGAAGGUAUCAAAAAUACAUUUAAGGAACACCAGAAAGAGGGGGAAGGAAGUCAAAUUUUGAAAUGUUAAAAUUGUAUAUUGUAAAAUUAUAGUGAAAUGUAUUAAUCUGAAAAGCAUAAAUAAAUUUUAAGAAAAAGGAUUGCUGAGAAAAUGUAUAAGGAGCUCUUAGUGCAUAUAGAACAAAUGGUAUGUAAAUAUUUUUAUUUUAUUACAUUAUUAAAAGAAGCAAAAGAGUCAUAGCAAUUAAGUGUCACAUAGUCUUAAAAGAAGAUAGAGUCAUAAUAAUUAAGAACAAGUUGUAUACAAUUCCGCUUGCCUCUCUUUGUCCUGCAGGUCGCUCUGGAGAUGCUUCUUUUGUUGAAGCCAGCAAGAGCAAAAUCGCAUCCUCUGGCAAGUUAUCACUAUGCUGGUAAGUUCCUGAAGGGAUAAGUUAAAAGGAUUACCUAAUAAAGGCUAGUUCUGUGUGUGAGUCCUUUGCUCGUGGAAGGAAUGCAGCUGCCUAGUGUCACUGAUGAAGUUCAGAGAAAAUAGUUAUUCCAUUGACAGUAUACAUACACACCUACUUGCAGAAAUCAUAGAAUCUUCGAACUGUAGAGUUGGAAGGGACCCCUGCAAUGCAGGAAUCUCAGCAUGCGGUUCCCCAUCCAAUUUGAAACCAUACCGGAACCUGCUUAGCUUCGCAAAUGUGACAGCAGUUUUGUUUUUGUACCAUGGUGCAGGCACACCCCCACCCUCGAUUAUUAUCUGUUUGUUUCUUUCAGGUUCAGACCAGUGGACACCCGUUGAAAGAAAGCUGUUCAGCAAAGCAUUAUACACAUACGGCAAAGAUUUUAUUUUGGUACAGAAAAUGGUAAGGCUUGUUGUCCUUGUUCAUGCUUUGUUGGCAUUCCUGAUCUUGUGGUUUUCGGCCACUAAGUUAGUUUCAUCAUAUGAAAGUAGAACAUUAUCAACAUCAUCCCCUGUUGCUUUUCUUUGCCACUUUCCCACAAAAACCAGGCCCAAAGUGAUUCACAACAUAGCAAAUGAACAAUAAAUAUAACGACUGGAAUAUACGAGUAUCAAUGAGUUUAAAAAGAAAAAGAGAGAUCCACACAGCAUCGUAUAAAACAAUACAAAAAAGUGAAACAGAUUUAGUAUUUCAAUUUAAGCAAUAACGUCAACGCACAAAUAGAAUAGUAGGAUGCAAAACAUCGCCCUGUUCCACGCAGUGCACCUGUAUCUAAUUGUUUGGUUCCGAAACUCAGUCUCCGUCCCAAGGACCCUAACCCCAUUUCCCACGCAGACCCCAUCUCCCUGGCUCUCACCCAGAGGGGCCUUAUGUUCACCAUUAUCAUGUGCUCUUACCCACAUGGUAGACAUUAACUUUCCUUCCACACUCUCCCACCAAGCACUGCUCAUUCAUCCAGGUUGGGGGGCAUUCAUACAUUUUAGCUUAUGAGAGACUCCUCUAAGCAUUCGGUUUAUUUUACUGUGUCUGUGAUACUGAGUAAGAAUUGGUUGCUGAAAUUAGAGUGGGGGAGAGGGAAUGUUAAAGGGUGGGUGGCUGGGGCAGAGAGCAUCUGCGUUGAAGUGGGGAGACCCAAGUUCAUAUUCCCUACUCGGUAAAUAAAUCUCAUUGGUGACAUAGAGCCCAGCCCCUCUCCCAGUCAUAGCUGUCAACCUUCCCUUUUUUUGCGGGAAAUUCCCUUAUUCCAGUUUCCCACUGCUUCCCGCUGCUUUCCCGGAUUGUUAGAUAUCCUGUAGACUGUCCCCGGGACAGGUGAGGCUGCUGAUCCCUUAUAUUUGAGGCUGCUGAUCCCUUAUUUUAAAAUCUGAAAGUUGACAACUAUGCUCCCAGUCUAAACAGGACUGUCACCCAGUGCUCCAUAAUGGCCUGGCAGGAUAAAAAUGAGCAUGUGACUGGGAGCAUAGGUAAAAAUACUUCCAUAAGAUCUGUAGCCCAAUUCAUGCUUCCAAGCCUUCUUCCGCUCUUCAUGAUCAAGACACGAGUGAGUGGUGUUUUUGGUGUUGUGCUGAACGCUACACAAUCGUAGAUCAGCGUUGCAACAUCUGAAUUACUGUUUGACUGUAGGUGAAGUCGAAGACGGUGGCCCAGUGUGUGGAAUACUAUUAUACCUGGAAGAAAAUCAUGCAUUUAGGAAGAAAGCACAGAACACGCUUAGCAGAAGUGAAAAAUGAAUGCCUGGUAAGAGCCACCCUCCUUUUUAUUUUUCUAGUUUGUGAACUUGUGCUCUCCAGAUAUUUAUUUCUGACAUUGUUCCAAGGUUCAGAAAUUCCCUGGCAUCUCCAGUUUAAAGGAUCGGAUAGCAAGGAAUAGGAAAGACCUCUUAACUGGAGAGCCACUGCUAGCCAGAGUGCUCCAAGUUGGUGAAAGCAGCUUUUACCAGCUGUUCAACUUGAUUUUUCAAGCUGGGAGGAUGUCAGCCAGCUUGGGGAAAGACUCCUCCCACCUUCAGAGCUGAGAGAAGAACUUUCCUGUCUCCCAUUUAUUAAAGGCAUGCUUGCUCUCCACCCCACCUCCCCUAAAAUCCCUUUCGAAUUUCAGACUAGCGGCGAAGAUGAUGAAUUAGAGGAAGAGGAGCAGGCAGAGGAGGACAAGAAGUCAGUCAAAGAGGAAGCUGAAAUUCAGAAUUCUCCUGAGCCGCCUUCAGUUAUUGCUGCUGAACCUAUUAACCUGCCUUCCUUGCAAAGCCCCACACUUCCAGCGACCUCAUUUACAUGUGAAAUGCCGGACUGCGGAGCGGUAAGUGGACUUGGAAACAUUUUAAUUCUAUGGUACAGCUGACCUUGGAAUGUUACGUCCGGUUCGGGAUGCCCCACCUCAGAAAGGGAUAUUGUAGAGCUGGAAAAAGGUCAGAAGAAGGCAACUCAAAACCAUCAGGGAGGUGGAUCAACUCGCCUAUGAUGAAAGGGUAAAACAUUUGGGGAGGGCUUGUUGAAUUGGCUGACCGCCAUCAUACGAAGAAAAAGGUUGGAGAUCUCCCAAGUACACAAGAAAAGGUUUAUUAAGCCCAACACAUUUUGGAGAAAAUCCUCCUCGUUGAGCGCUCCGGGAACCAAGCUGCUGCUGUGCUUUACAGACUGGGUCACAAACUGUUACUCAAGAGUCCCCCUGAAGAAGGAUUUAUUCCAAAACACAUGAGGCCUGAGAAGUCUCUUCCUAGGUGCCUAGAGGUCUCUUCCCUUUUUCUUCCUUCCCCUUUCUGUUUAAGACGGUGCUCAAGAAAAACAAAGUUGGGCUAGAUGGAAGUUUUUAACUGGUCCAGCAGGAUUCUCCUUAUGUUUUUAAGCAAGCAACCAAAAUGAGAGCAAAACAAGUCCCUGUUUAGAAAUGCUUUGAUAUUACAUAUGAAGAGCCUGCUGGAUCAGGCCAGAGACCCGUCGUAGUGCAACAUCCAGUUGUCACAGUGGCCUGUGGGAAACUCUUGAUCGCACUUCUCUUUGGUGACUUAGAACUGUAGCGUUGCAAGGGACCACGAGGGCUGUCUUGCCCAACCCCCCGCAAUGCACGGUUCUUUUGCCCAACAUGGGCCUUGAACCCACGACCCUGAGAUUAAGAGUCUCGGGCUCUACCAACUGAGCUAUCCUUUUGCCCCCUAGAUGUUCAACUCCAGACCAGCUCUGAAUGGCCACGUUCGCAUUCAUGGCGGUACAAACCCUGUGACGAAAACCCGCGGUGGGAGCCACGGUGCGAAGCAGAAAUCCAGCUCCCAGAAUGAUUACGGCCCUGCCAAAAACUCCCCAGCUCACAGUACGACAAGUGGCGAGACAGACCCAACUACACUUUUCCCUUGUAAAGAAUGUGGCAAGUGAGUAGACGUGGGAAACACAGAGAGAACUUACUUGUUUCAUCGGGGGAAAAUAAACUGAGAUGUUAGGAGUGGGGCUCCCUAGAAAGGUAUAAACCACUGUACAGUGGUACCUCAGCUUAAUUCGUUCCUGAGGUCCGUACUUAACCUGAAACUGUUCUUAACCUGAAGCACCACUCUAGCUAAUGGGGCCUCGUGCUGCUCCCUCACCGCCGGAGCACAAUUUCUGUUCUCAUCCUGAAGCAAAGUUCUUAACCCGAGGUACUAUUUCUGGGUUAGCAGAGUCUGUAACCUGAAGCGUAUGUAACCUGAGGUACCACUGUAUAAACCAGGGGUAGGGAACCUUUGGCCCAGGUUCAAAAUGUGCCCCAUCCGGCCUCCCUGUCUGGCCUUUGGGAUGUGCCUGAGGCCACACACCCUUCCCAGACCACACCCCUGGCUGGUCCUUGGGUUACCUGCAGUGUUCUGACCACCUAAACAGAGGAUGGGAAACUUCUUGAUGUAGCCAAUCCCAGGGUAGUUCGCUGCCAGCACCAAUCAGCUGAUAGGCACUGACAGCAAGACCCCUUGGCUGCACCAGGGAGUUCUAUGUCUUCAGCGCAGGGUGGGGAACUAGAUCCGGCCACUGGACUGGAUCCCCAUCUCCCCCACUUGCCUUAGACCAAGUUUGAGAGGUGGAUGGAGCCACCUGGGGCUUGAAAUGUGCACAAACCUAUGCAAACUUCAUCAAUCGACCAGCUAUUUCAAAGUAAUGCAUGGCAUGUAGGCCUUUUUGCAGGAACUGACAAGCAGGUGAUGUUGUUUGUGAAGUACUCUGUAUGGUGUACCACUGGACUAUGAAUCUUCGGGUGGUCUGCAUCAUAGCGGCAGAAAAAUUGCUGUGCUUGCAGGACGUCCCAGGUUCAAACCCCAGCAUCUCCAGGGAGGGCUGGAAACAUUCCCUGCCUGAAUUCCCGGAGAGCUGCUUCCAGCUAGUGUAGACAGUCCUGAGCUAGAUGGACCAGUAGUCUGAAUCAGUAUAGAGCAGCUGUGUUUUGCAGGUACUGCUGAUCAGCUGGUAAGUUAUGCCUUUGACCCAGCUGCAUCUUUUACCUGUCCCACACCUGGCAUCGUAUAUAAUGACAAGGGUUGGACAGGUGAGUGUGUGGUGUGGCCAAAAGAGCCUCACAGUCCAAAUCUGGAGGCCUGGCAGGUCUGAAGAAGGCCAGAUGGUUCCUUGCUGCUGAUCCCUUCGAGGCUUUACUGUCAGUGCCCACCGGGCCUUCUUGUAACAACCACCCUUUCAACAGUGAGACAUGCUUGGCCCAAAGGAUCCUGGAGAAUGAAGGAAUUGGUGUGUGAGGAUGCAUACCCUCUGUGGCUCAUUAUUUAAACCCAGAGUUCUUUUCUACAAAGGAACUUUUAGCAGCAAAAGGGCCUGGUCUGCCUCCAUCCCUUGAUGACCGGAGGGAUGAGCAGAGGGCACCCAUCCUUGGAGCCCAGUUCUCCCCUCGCCUUCCAGUAUCCUUCCAUUGGUAACAAGGCAGCCUCCUUCCCCCCUUGAAAUGAUCAUUCAAGGGCUUAACUAACACCUUAAAUUUAUUCUGGUUCUCUUCUUGUGAAUGCUUGGAAACAGUGCUGGAUUUAGGGCAGUGCGGGCAGUUACCUCAAACAGGCAGCUGAGCUGACAGGGUCCAAAAUAAUAGUAGUAAUAGUAGUAAUAAUAAUAAUAGUAAUACAGUGGUACCUCUGGUUGCGAACGGGAUCCAUUCCGGAGGCCCGUUCACAACAUGAAAAGAAUGCAACCCACAGCAGCGCGUUUGCUCAUGCGCGGGUUGUGAUUUGCCGCUUCUGCGCAUGCGCGUGAUGUCAUUUUGUGCUUCUGCGCGAGCGGCGAGACCUGGAAGUAACCCUUUCCGGUACUUCUGGGUCACUGCAGGACGUAACCUGAAAGAACGUAACAUGAAGCAGACGUAACAUGAGGUAUGACUGUACUAGCACUACUACUACUGCUGCUGCUACCACUACUAGCCAGAUAGGCAGGAUAUAAAUAUAAUAAUAAUAAUAAUAAUAAUAAUAAUAAUAAUAAUAAUAAUGUUAUUAUAUUGCCAAAGUCUGCCUGCUUGAAAAUGCAUUUAACUGUAUAUUCAACUAACACCUACACUUUUUGGAUGUUCACAGUAGCACACAGGUCCCCAUAUACUCAAAAUAAUUGUUUCUGAAAUCUGCUCUCUCCGCAUUCCUUUCUCUUCCUCUCCCCCCCCCCCCCACGCUAGGAUGUUUUUCAAAAUCAAAAGCCGAAAUGCUCACAUGAAAACUCACCGGCAACAGGAAGAGCAGCAGCGGCAGAAAGCCCAGAAGGCGGCUGUUGCAGCUGAAAUGGCGGCUACGAUUGCAAGGACCACGGGGCCCUCUGGGCAUAGCUUGAUACCUUUGGAUCAUUUGGACUUGAUAAAGCAGGUUGAGGAAGCCGACGACCUCAGCAGCGAUGUUGUUCAGGAAUUGGGAGAGGUCAUGGACGGUACUGAAGUGAUAGACCCUGACCUCUUACUGGAUGAAGAAGACUCAGAUUUGCUUCAGGAUGAUGUGGAGCUGUAGAGAGAGAAAAAGCCAUUCUGUAAAAUUAUGGAUGCCUGUUGGAAUUGUUUUCCUUCAGCUGGGAGGGUUAAGUGUUUACUUCCCUUUUAUUUUAAACUAUCUGAAUAGUUUGAAUGUUUUGUUUUUGUUUUGUUUUGUUUGUAACUCGGGGGUGGAUGAGGGUGGGAUAAAUCUGGUUAUUGCUGUUGGUCCUUUUACUUUUUGCAACUAUGAUUGCAAAAAGAUUCAUUUUUCCCCUCAUUCGAAAGGUAUUUUUUGUCAAAUACCUUGAAACUAGUUGGUUCUGAGAAGUCUUAUUUCCUUACUGUUUCCUUUCAGGCAUUUACGUGACAAGUCCCCAAAUUCAUUUGCAACACCUCAGGGUUUUUGUUUUCCCUCCCACCACACCCCCUAUACGAGUAGAUUUUGGUUUCUUUUUCUUUUCAAAACGUGUUUCAUUUUGUGCCUUCAGCUCUGGCCUCAAAACAUCUGCCACAACGAAGAAUGCUGUCUCUGCAAUAAACAGAAGCUGAGACUUGGAUUGUUGGCAUCUGAAAGUUUUGCUCUAACAUGUCGCCGGGCCUGUUAGAGGGCCUCUCUGCUGAUAGGACAAGUAGCUGUGGCAAGUUCUUUCCCAUUACACAGAAUGUUCUGUGGUGGAUGGAAGCUUCCAAGAUGCCUUCAGAUUUCCUUCUUAACAAGAAGACUGGCUUUGUACUUGGCUCUGUAGAAAUGGAUGGGCUCGGCGGCCUAUUCCGCUUUACCCAGAAGAAAUUCGAGCGGCCCUGAAACGAGCGAGAACAGCUAGAUUAGCCCUCUGCGAAUCUGCAUUCAAUUCCUUCUUUCCCUUUUAUGAGGCAAUCUGUUUCUUUGAGAAGGGCUCCACUUGCGUUGUGCACUUCAGAGCUCCUGGUUAAACAGGAUUGAGGGAGGGAUACAGUGAAAUCAGAAGUCUUUAGGCUUCACCAUGGGAGAUGCUGCUGAGGCACAUCUCAAAAGUCUUUUGACUGGAGACUACUGGCUUGGAUACUUGGACUUGGAUGUGCAUUAGUGAUAGGAAUGCACUGAAAUAUACCUCCAUUUGCAAAAGUUUUAUCACUUUUUUGUUUUAAAAAGGUUAUCCUUGAGAGUAUGCAGGGAUUUAUUAUUAUUUUUAAUUAUUAUUAUUAUUAUUAUUUGCUGCCUAGAGGCAGUGGUACUUAUCAAGACCUUUCCUCACCUAAAGAAGAGGGGGGAAAUUUCCACUUUGAGGUAAAUCGGUCCUUUUUUCUAAGUGUGUUAAGAUUUUCAUCAUGGGCAGAGGCCAUUUACGUAUGUAUGUAAGAAAUAAAUAAAAAUUACAUAGCUUGGCUGAUAAUGUUAGCAUAAAUAUACACAGUGGGGGUUUUAUGCCUGCCAGGACUCUCUUAUGGAGCCAUAGGUUUGCUCUUGGAAGCGAUAAAGCCAGCAAACAUUCAGCAGUUUGGGUCAGGGGGUGGCGGGUAUGGAAACACAAUAAAUAAACACACCUCUUCUAUAUGAAAUUUUUAUCAGGCCACAGCUUCCUCAUUCCUGUUCAGGGAAGUCAGCAUGUUCAACUUUGGAAUGACUUGGCUAGGGAGCUUGCACCUUUUUCCUUCCCAGAGCUAGGAGUGGGAUCAUUCCCCAGGCACGGUCUUCUUGUGCAUCACCUCUGUUGCUUAUAAAAGUUGCAAAGUAUGAUGGGAAAAUCAACAGUUACCAUAUCUUACGUUUGCACCUAAGAGUCGAGACCAGAGCCCUAGAAAAAGUUAAUAGUCAGAAACGUCUUUAUUUCUCUCAUUCAAAGCCAAACUGUUCAUGGCUAUGCUCCCACUUGGUUCAAAAGCUGCGCCAGUCAUGGGUGACACUGGUGAGACGUUGCUCUUGGAUACCCCCAAAUCAGAUGAAGAUUGACCCUCUUAAGCCAGGGCCACUUUAGACAACUGAAAUUGUCUCCACUUGGCACAUCCCCCAAGCAUUUCAGAAAAAAGUAGCACCUGUCCCAGGGCGUUCCCAGUUUACAUCCAAUACUUCUCAGUGGUGAUUCAGGGUUGAAAAGAAAUGCGUUGCUUUGUUCACUUAAACUGCUGCCAGAAAACCGUGGUCAGAUACUAGUUUUCCAGGCAAUUGCAUCUCUGGUUGGACUCACAUCCUCUGUGUGGCCGUUCCCCUGAGGAUCUGCACAAUCUCGGAGAAGAUGAACUGGCUUUCAAUAUGAGCGGACCGAUUUAAUAAUCAUUGAAAGCAUUUUGAUAAAUGCAGAGGAACUAUUUGGGUGUUCCCAAAGCUACUCCUCUCUUUUCCCCAAGCUUUCUCCCUGAGAAUCUGUUCUCAUCAGGGAAUAGCUAGCGUCACCCAGGUUGUCUUUGGAGAAUUGGAUAUGAUUCUUCAGUGUGUUUGACCAUCUCAGUCAAGGGGUGUGAUUUGCCUUCACCUGUCGCUGUUGCCUGACAUAGCUGAUGGAGAGAACUGGCAACUUGGAUGCUGUGUGAGAUGUUUCUCAUAUGUCCAGCUGAUCACUGACAGCCUUGCAUGGUUGACCCUUUUCCAGGGGUUAGCUAAUGUAGGGAGUUACGUGACACCUAUAAGCAUGCCUGCUCUCAUAUGAAAUGUUUGCUGGCAAGUGACAUUUGCAGUGUUCUUAGUGAGAUGCUGGUACCUGCAUGUCUGAGCAGAAUAUUUUCUCUCUCGGUAUUAUUUUCAAAAGGAAUGUCCCUCCCAGUUUUCAUUGACUGGCAUCUACUGAGACAGACCCUUAGGAAUUCUCAAUAGUCAGGGAUUGUGUAUUUUUCUAUCUGUAAUCUAAUCGGAUUCUGUUGUUAGCAGCUUGGCAGGGGACUGGCAUAAUGGUGGUGUUGUGUAGGUCAGUAUCUGAUCAGCUCGCUGAUUAUUUGUUUUAGCUAUUGGCCAUAACAGUUACAUGUGGUUGCAGUAAAAAAAAUGCAUCAAAAACAAAAAAUAGAGCAUCAUAAAACAAAAUAUAUCCAGCCUAUAGGCUACUAAUUACACAAGCAUCCAGAUUUUUUUGUCAAAAGUUUUGUAGCAGCCAAGGCAAACAUAGCCACAGUUCCAGAGAUCUCUAUCCUGUUUGCAAUGGAAAAAAUACUAUUUCUGCUGAUUUUACCAGUUGACAUACUCCUUCAGUAGGCAAAGGAAUCAUUGUACCUUUAGGAUAAAACAAGAACAAACUAAAUAGGUGCCACAGACUGUCUUCCAUUGCUUCCUCAUCACAAACGCAAUAAUGCUGUGGUAUUGCCUGGCUAACACAGCAGAGGGCAUCAGCUGAAAUCUUACCAAUGUAUAUUCUUUCCUGUAGUGCAAAUCUAGACCAAUCAGUUUAACUAAUUCUUUUGCCAUUUGCCAUUAAAGUACGAUUACAUGGACGUGGAUGAUUUCUUGCAUUUCCAGUUUAACAGGGUGACACAGAAUCUAAAUGUAAUACGCAGGAAAGACCAGCUGAGCUAUUCUUUGAAACCAAUUGGACAGUCCUAGGCAAUCAGGUUGCAAGUGUUUGGAAGCCUAUUGUGACAUAUGCAUGAUCUGUAACCAAUAAAUAAAGAGAGGAGGCUAAUGCGUAUAUAACAAUAGCUCCUUCCAAACAGAUUCAUUGAGUUUAUAUUUGACUAUAUGAUGCAGCAUUACACCAGCAAGCCCAUGUAACAAAUGUCUGUUCUAGGUCAGGACUUGUUAAAACAUGGAAGGUUUGGGGUGAUACAUAUUCUUGUCAGCGAGCAAUGAUUUCUCCAAUGUGAAAUUGCAGUGUAUAGGCCUUUCCUUCAGAUUUAUAAGCACAAAGUUGUCCUUUAGCAGUAGUCUUACAUCACACUGGAAGGUGUUACAGGGAAAAUUGCCAUCUUGCAAAGUAUUGUGGAGCAAAUGAUGUGGCUUAAAAUAACCAAAGAGAAUCUCAGAAUAAUUCCUGGAAGAAAUAUUGAUCCUCGUUUAACUUCUAUACAUAGGUUCUGUAUUUCUAAGACAAUUGCAGUGAUAAAUAACAUCUAAAUAUGGUCAACAUUUUGCUGGAAAAUCUGAUUUUUUAUUUCCCUUUUUGUUAAUGUUUCAUGUUUAUUGUGGUAUAAUUCCAGUAGAGAAUUAGAGAAAAAUUGUACAUAACAAAAGAAAAAAAUCUAUUUUAUGGGGGAGGAAAUCUUAUUUUCAGACAUAUUUAACUGCUGUUAUAUUGUUACAGAAAAGCUGUAAAUAAUUUCAGAGUUAUAGUGUAGUGUAAAGAAUGUUCUUUGGGGAUAAAAUAAUAAACAUUUUAAUGUAGUUCUUUUUAUUUUUGUAAAGAAAACUUUGCCUGUUACGGCUUAAUUGCACCUGAACUGCAUGUGGUUUAACUUCAGGGUGUAAUUUUAUUCAGGUUUGCACUAAAAUGUUUAAUUUCAUACGAUGAUGUGCCAUUGUCUUUUUUCUUUCUUUCUUUCCCCCCUUUCCUUUUUGUUUCUUUGGAGGGGGCAUGAAUCCCAGUUAGUUCAUGAGAGCACUAUGUACUAUAUAGAAAUAUUUCAGCUUUUUCUUAAAUUGACAGAAUAUUGUAUUUGUAAAAUCAAAGGGAUCCAACAUAACGCUGCCACAGAACAGUAUUUUAUACUUUUGAUAAAAUGUACUUUGCUGAUUUUUUUUUCCUUGUUCACGUGACAAAAGAAUUCUUUUAAAUAAAUUAAUCUUCAUUUGAAA